AUGGCGACAGCUUACCUGGACCCCAACCUCAACCACGCCCUGGCUGGGGGGGCCAAGUCGCGCCUCAGCGCGGGCACGGCCACGGCCACGGAGCGGGCUCCCGGGGCUCCUGACAGGGUCCUGAAGGUCUUCCAUCACUUCGAGAGCAAUAGCGAGCAUAGCACAUGGGCCAGCAACAUCCGCCAUGGGGACGCCACCGAUGUCAGGGUAAGACAGAGGGCAAAUGUAUGGCAACAGGGGUCUCACACACACAGUAGUUUUGCACAGUAUACCGAAACUUUAGGACUCUAAAAGUUUUUGUUACAUUCGGUACUUCUGUCAAAUGUGGCUCAUGUGAUUGAGAGGAUUGAUCAGGGCCCGGUUUCCCAAAAGCAUCUUAAGGUUAAGUUCAUCGUUAGAACCUUUGUAGGAGCAUCAAUAAGUCCCCGAGCUAUUUCCCAAAACCAUAGUUAUUAACGUUGCACUUGAAAACUCUCGCAAUCAAACGCCUGCGUCACAGCACUCGUAGAACAGCUAAGUGUGUGGUUAGAGGCUUUUUGCCCUCCGCUUUAUACACAGAAGAUCUCCUAAACAUAGAUUCACAUGGUUUAUCUGUAUCUCUGUGACCACUGAUAACUUCAGAACAAAGUUGACUACAAAUACAAAGUGCCAUUGUCUUUGCAAUUAAUACAAGCAAGCAACGUAUAAAAAGAUGCUUCAAAUGAAAACCGAGAUGACAGCAUUUUUUACCCCUUUUUCUCCACAAUUUCGUGAUAUCCAAUUGGUAGUUACAAUCUUGUCCCAUUGCUAGCUACUGUGGUAUCUAUAUUUUUAUCCUGUCUUGAAUGAAAAGGUCAUAUUUUGCAAUCUCCAAAAUAAAUCAGAUCUCUGAGAAUUGGCUCUCCUCCAUCUUGUCUUGCGUUGUGAAACCCUAUCCUAUGCUUAUCCUAUGCUCUCAGUCCAGUAAACAGGGCAUAAAGGCUUCCCCACGCUUCUGUUCGGCACAUGAACAGCUGAAAAAAAACUUUGCCGAAGGCCAAAACGAACAAUAACGUCACAAAAUGUCAUCAUAAUAUAUGCACAAACUGUUUCAUAUGGGAACCAUGCGGAUGCCUUAAGUUCCAUCGCUAUCGGGAAACCGGGCCCAAGUCUGUAUGCAACACGGCAUGUAGAAAUGUUGAAACUGUUCAUUCCUAUUCACAAAACAAUGUCCAUACAGACUAGAACACUUUCACAAUGCAAGACGAAACCGGUAGCUUCCAGCUUUAAUUGUAGGCUAACUUUCCUUGCUAGCUUAGAGCUGAAUUCACUACAAUAGCACUUUGUUUGUGAUAAUACGCCAACCAUAACGCAAAAUAUGCUAAUUACAAAGCUGACUGGCACUAAAAACUGUAUUAGGUCACUUCGUGUCCCUCGCCACCAAAAACUCAUUCACUUCUUCAUCUUCCUUUGCUUCCAGUCUGGUUUCCACUAGAUUCCACAGCCACAUUCUGCCUUGCAAAAUAAUCAUUAUUUUCUUAAAGAGACAGUGCACACUUUUCGAAAAUAAGUGAUUUCUUCUUCUAUGCAAAUGUUGUUAAUCAGUACAAUAAAAUAUGUUCUCUUUAAUACAGAUUUACCAUUCAACUAAAUGUUGUUUUGUAGUUAGAUUGGUAAAAACAAAGUCAAAUUGAUUGUAUCAUUGAUCAAUUAAUGCCUACAUGGCUGUCUCAAAAUAAUUGACAUAAAAAUGUUCAAAUGUAAUGAUAUCGAACUCAAAGAUGCCCAACGAUUGAACAGAGCAGUAGCUUAUCUGUCUGGAUCAAGUGCCAUUCUGUGACUUUGGCUAAUAUGCCUUCUCGUUUUUUUGUGGUAUCGUUUUGGUAUUGAGUAUCGCGAUGGUAUCGAGUAUCGUGACACUAAACCUGGUAUCGGUAUUGAAAUAAAAAUUCUGGUAUCGUGACCACACACACACACACAUUAGUUGACACUAAUCACAGGUCUGGAAACAGAUUGUCGCACACCCAAUCCUAACCUUAACCAUUAGAGGGGUAGAACAGCAUCUGACCCUGUAUCAGAGCUAGAGCCAAUCAGUGUACAGGUUUUACUUCAAAUACCUGUCAUACAGUCAUGAAGAGGUGAUAUAGACUCUGUCUGUUUCUCUGCUGUGCUGAAGGAGCAUGAGUCAUUGACUGGAUGCAGUCGUUUGGCUGUUAGAGCCCAGUGUAUAGCUGCUGCUGUACAGACACUAUUGAUUGAUGUUGCACGUCAGAGCAGUGAUUCAGCAGUGUAGUUGUUGGUUUGUCAAUUGCUAUAUGUUACUGAAAGUUCAGAGUGCAAUCCCUCAUUGCUUUUCAAAUUGGAAUACCAUAGUGUGAUUGUUUUGUGGUUACCCUUCAACUGUCUAACUGCACUCCAACUCCCUUCACUGAGAGAGAGGUAUGUGUGGCUCCAUCAGUUCAUGUUGCGGAUUCUCUUUUAAAGCUGCAAUAUGUAACUUUUUGGGCGACCUGACCAAAAUCACUUAGAAAUGUGAGUUAUAGAUCUGUCAAUCUCAUUGAAAACAAGUCUAAGAAGUUGUACAGUAUCUCACAAAAGUGAGUACACCCCUCACAUUUUUUUAAAUAUUUGAGUAUAUCUUUUCAUGUGACAACACUGAAGAAAUGACACUUUGCUACAAUGUAAAGUAGUGAGUGUACAGCUUGUAUAACAGUGUAAAUUUGCUGUCCCCUCAACAUAACUCAACAGACAGCCAUUAAUGUCUAAACCGCUGGCAACAAAAGUGAGUACACGCCUAAGUGAAAAUGUCCAAAUUGGGCCCAAUUAACUAUCAUAAUGUUUUAAACCAGGAAAUGGCAGAGCCAUUUCUGCAUAUUGCACCUUUAACUGACGUUGCAGCGCCUUAGCUCUGUGGUCUUCAGCGGCAGUUAGCCUAGGUCUCACCUGAAGCCUCAAAGUUGGCUAAUUACAGAAAACCAUUCAGAAAGGGUUUAUAGGACACACAUUUAAAGGCAUGUGUGAAUUAUGACACCAUAAGACCAGCAUUGUCUCUCCUCAGGUAGAUGAACUGAGAGAGGCUAGCAAGAAACUAGCCCGGUCCCUGGUCAUUGUCACGCAUCCCAUAUAGGGUUGGCAAAACAGCACAAACCAAUCUGAGACCAGUCUAAGCAAACACAGGUCUGCAGAAAUACAUUUUGCUACAUUCUCCCUGCCCUCACUGACACGGACAGUGGUCUCAGUUAUAGUGGUGUGAAACUGUGAAUUGAUUCCUGGCACAUAACAUCCUGACUCCUAGAUCUCCUAUUUUCUGUAGAAAGGAAACCAUUGAGACAUAGUACAUGGGCUGCAUCCCAAAUGGCACCCUAUUCCCUAUAUAGUGCACUACUUUUGUCCAGAGCCCUAUGGAGCAGCGCAGUCAGCAGAUGCCUGUAUUGAUUUGUAGGGCUGGAUGAGGUAUUGGAUCCACAUCCGCUUCCUGGUUCCAUCCCAGAAUAAACAUCAUGUUCCUAUCUCCUGAGUUGCUCCCCAAGGACCCCUCAUCCCAUCACACACACAUAUCCUGUACAUACUGCAUCAAUAGCACUCUGCCUGCCCAGUUAUAGGAUGCAUCCCAAAUGGCACCCUAUUCCCUACACAGUGCAGUGCUAUGGUCAAAUGUAGUGCACUAUAUAGGGAUUCCAGAUAUCCUGUUCAUUCACAAAGCUCAUAUAGGACAAAUAGUAUCAAUAAUAACACCAUAGAAUUACAUGUAAUUUAAUCUACCUAGUGCCUACUAGUCAUCUGUAUUCAGUCUGUGUAGUUCAUUUACUGUGUACUCAAUCUGGCCUCAGAGCAUUUCGUAUUAUUCUGUAAGUAAAUCCGUUACGUUUUGUAUGGUAUGUAUUAAUUUGUGAAUGUCCAUCACCCAUUUCGUAUUAUAUGUUACAAAUUACAAUUCAUAUUAUAUGUUAUUUCCAAUAUGUUACGGAUUUGCAAAAUGUAAAAUAUGUUACGAAUCUGCAAACCGUAUGAUAUGUUACGAUUUCUAGCUGGCUAAUGUUAGCUAGGGGUUAGGGUUAAGUUUAGGAGUUAGGUUAAAGGGUUAAGGUUAGUGGGAGGGUUAGCUAACAUGCUAAGUAGAUGCAAAGUAGCUAAAAAGUAGUAAGUCGUUGAAAAGUUUCUAAUUAGCUCAAAUGCUAAAGUUGUCCUUGAUGAGAUUUGAAAUCGCAACCUUUGGGUUGCUAGACGUUUGCAAUAUACGCCCACCCAUCCACCGUGACCAACCACCCUCUUUUCAUUUUUUACUUUAAGUAACCAUCUGCUUUAUGUAACCAUACCAAAUGUAACAUAUCAUUCUAAAUGGAGUGAAAAUUAUGUUUUGGUUUACAUACAUAAUAAUACGAAAUGAUCUGAGACCAGGUUUGUGUACUCAAUGCAAUGUCACAACCUUGAUAAGAGGUUCACGGUUUGUUUGCAUUUGAAUUGGUUAAUUUGCAUGUCCAUUGUGCUUUUCUAUUUCCAUUGCAAACACAUGGAAAUGCUGUGGCUUGCAAGAAUCCACAUGACUAUGUGCCAGUGGGAUUUGAUUUAUUCUUUUUGGAUCUUAAAAAUGAGAAAAGGGUAGUAAAAUUAGCUUGUUUGUUUGAGAUAAUCUGUCAUAUCAUCAUAGAUGUGGCUGUCAUCAUGUUUAGCCUAAUGUGGUGUGAUGGGGAAUUUGUCAUGCUCCGUUUGGAUUGCUCUCCCUAGCUGUUCAUGUAAGCAUUCUGAUUCUGUCUCUAUAAUCCGUUAGUUUCUUCGUCUUCGUCUUCAUCUGUUUCCUGCUAAGUGCCAAGGGGAACUCUGCUCUAAAUUAUUAUACAGGACAGAUGUUGGUCGUAUUUAUUAGGGCAUGCAAUGGUUUUAAAACAUUUUGCAACGGAAAAUGAGUGUUCCUUAUUGGACAAGUCCAGGUAGUCUCUCUCCCUGUGCCAGCUGGUUUUCUUUUGUUUGGUGCCUAAUGAAUAGGACCAUGCUUUUCAAGGUUGGCUCUCAAGCUCUAGGUCGAACCUGUCAGUACACUAACCUUAAAAGCAUCACUUGGGAUAUUUAGCCUACGUUUCAGCGACUACCAUUCCAAGUUACUUUCCCCCGAGGUCUGCUGCUGUGCUUUUAGAUCGUAUCAAAACAAUCAUUCAGAUGGCAUGUGACAUUUUAAAGGGUUCGGGUUAAGGCUGUGUAAUAUUGUGCAUCUUGCUUCUCACAAAGGAAGACAUAGUGCCCUACCAUUGCCUUGUUUGCCAUAUCGUGGAACCAGACCUAUUCACUGCAUGCUUUUAAUCACCCUGUAUAUCUCAUACUUUCCCAGCUCUAUGGUACGAGCGGGAGAUGAAUAUGACGUUUGACUGAUGCUAGCCUUCAAGUUGUAGCUGUAGCCUUGCAUUUUGGUAUUUUAGGAGCCCAUGAUUAAUGGCUCCAUUUCUGGGUUCUGGUGGUAUUUCUCCAUACUUCAUUGAAAUUGAGUACAUUUGUAUUCAGUCAAUUCUACCGCCUACAAAACCAUGUCAAGUCAAUCACCAGCAGAUCUUCAGCAAUAUGGUUUUGUUUGCUUCAUAUGGCAAUUACCUUCGACUUAAAUGGGCUUGAAAUGGCAAUUAUUCAUUGGUAUGCAAAUUGUUUUUUUUCUCCUAAUUGGGAAGAUACAUUUUUUCCAUUACUCAGACUCUCUCUCUCUACGAUCCUCCUGGGAACUUCGGCAUCCAGUAUAUUCAGCAUCCAGUAUUGGAUUAUAAGAGAGAGAUUGUAUUACAUUAGAGAUUGUGUUGAGAUAUAAUACUGGAUGGACAGAGAGGGCUCUACCUUUUCUUGCGCUCACUCACAUCAGCCUCUCUUCACAGACAAAACUUUUAGAUUAUGGCUUACACACUGCGAGAUUACACACUUCUGUCUGUGUUGAGCCAUUAUAUUCUUCUUCUACUGAUCCUAUAUAUUCUUCUUCUACUGAUCCUAUAUCUGUACCGAGGGGAAACUUCACCCCGGAGCCCCAACCACCAGCUCAAGAAGCUAACCAAAGCCCAUAUUUAAUCAUUUUAAUGGAGGAUUGGGGAUUUGCGUGCUCCUUAGGAAACAGAGAUAAGAGACUGGCUUUAGCUUAGCCGCCCUUAGCUGGCUGAGUAAUCUUCUGUUAGAGAAGUUUGACAUGAUCAUAUUGCAUUUCCUUUUAUCACCACUCGCCAUUGGACUCUUAAGGAGGGUCUAUCAGCCUGUCUCAUCUCUGCAGGAAGAAUUUUCCUUCAUUGUUAGAGAAAAUAACUAGGUACCGUCAUCAAUUCACAUGAAGCCAUUGUUACUUUAGUAGAUAUAUACCUACAAACCUAAAAUAGUGCUGUACUGUUACAUAUAAUAUAUUUUCUCAGUGCUCUCCUGGUUCCUAGAGCAUUGUUACUGGAACUACCAUGCAGAAUGGAUUCUUGUUUAACUUUCUUUCAACCUUCUAAAGAGCCCAGUUCCUUUAGUCCUUCUCCUUUAGUCCUGGCCGUGGACAGUCUCAAAUAAACUUUUGCCAUUACACAAGCAGAAAGUCAGUCCCAAGGCAGCAUAGAGACCUCCCUAAAUUGGAAAGUACAUUACCUAACAAUGCUGGCUGACAGCUUUGAAUUCCCAGUCCCAAUAGGACUCUAUGCUACUCUGUCCUCUGCUCUCUUCCUCCUCUCCUCUCCUCCUCCUCUCCUUCUUCUCUCCCCUUAGGCAGUGAUCAUGCUCUGUUAUCCUCCACACUGUUGCCACUACAGUAUGCACGCAUACUUACAGUAUGCACGCAUGACUGUAAGUCGCUUUGGAUAAAAUAGCGUCUGCUAAAUGGCAUAUUAUUAUUAUAUUAUUAUUACUUCGCCAUCAGGCUGUAACUGGGGCACAUUGUUGGGCCUACCCUGGGGGAUCCAGCUAGCCAGCCUCUCUCUCUUACCUCAUAAAUACAAUCUUCAUAAAUAUGCAAUGGCUCUUAAGUGUUUGGGCUGGAAUGUCACAUCGGAUCGGCAGUGUGUGAUAGUAUGCACACCAGCCUAGCCAUGCGAGGCCAGAAUAUCUCCAUGCCAGCCAGCCAUAGACUUAACAUGGAGCCCUAGUGUUGUGGGCACUAACGGCAUAAUAUAACAGACGUGAGUGAUCCCUGGCCAGUCAUAGACUACAGUCAUAAGCUAGUCUAUUGGCACUCUAGUUGCCACUUCAUGGCUGACAAGUCGUGAGUGGUCCGUGAGGUCUGUGGGUUUGAUAUUAAACCGGACAGACAGUGAGAGGAUGUCGCAGAGAGAGACAUGGAGGUCCUGACUGAGUGACUGAGUGGCCAUUUGAGUGUCGGAUUGUUCCUGUGGAGCUGGUCAGAUGGGGGAUAAGGGUAUGGGUUGGUGCCCUCCUUGGCCACUCAGCCAACACUAAUAUACACAAUAUUAAUCGCCUCAGACAGGCUACCUGCUGUCACUAGGCAGACUGGCUGCUGCCAUGGCGAUAAGAUAGCAUCGCUCCCACAGACCUCUUAGUAGGAGUCAAUAUCUGGGUUCCACUUUCUGUUUACCGUGUUUUAUUGUCUGUCUCUAGUAAAAAUUAGAGUCUGUUUCUUUUCUAAUGUCUUGCAUUGUGUGGACCUUUUACGUUCAACAUCUUUGCCUUUACAUAACUUCUGUAUGACCUUGUACUAUCAUACCGUGGCUUGUCACUGGUCUCUUAACUCAACUCUCCUGUGUUCCACCUCUACAGGGGAUCAUCCAGAAGAUCUUGGACAUCCACAAGGUGAAAUGCGUUGCGUGCUUCGGUCUGCGCCUCAGCCACUCCCAGUCUGGCCAGGUCCACUGGCUCCACCCUGAUAUGGGCGUGUCCCACGUGAGGGAGAAGUACGAGCAGAACCGCUCCCAGGAGGAGUGGAGGUGAGCAGACUGUGUGUGUGUGUGUCUGUGCGCGCACAUCUGUGCGCGCGUACGUGUAUGAGUGCACCAAUGUGUUUGCCCUGUGUGCAUGUAUCUGUCUGAUAGUGUGUCCGUCUCUUGGUGUGUGUAUUUGUCUGUCUGUCUGACUGUCUCUGUUUGCCCCUGUGUGUGUAAUGGAGAAUGGCAACCAAUGGCCCUUAGACAAUGACAACACGUCUGUCUGCCCUUGUUGUCAUGGAGAUACGUGGCAGUCGGUGGCUCUGCAACAAGAGGGUGGAAUCUACAGAUUCACAGACCCACCUUUUAGUGUGUGUGUGUGUGUUUUUCACUGCCUCAACUGUCACUGACUCGGUAGUAGGUCAUUGUCCAUUAAAAGCUGUUAUGCCAGAUGAGUCACAUCCUUAGCUUCUAGCGUGAGGUAUCGCACAGAUGGCAUUUUAUGCCUUUCUUUCUUCUGCAUCAGACAGUGCUGUGACAGGAAAAUGCUCAUCCAGAGGCAAUGCUCCUAGUGGCCAGGGACUUUAAUGCAAGGAAACUUAAAUCUGUUUUACCUAAUAUCUACCAGCAUGUUAAAUGUGCAACCAGAGGGAAAAAACUCUAGACCACCUUUACUCCACACACAGAGACGCGUACAAAGCUCUCCCUCGCCCUCCAUUUGGCCAAUCUGACCAUAAUUAAAUCCUCCUGAUUCCUGCUUACAAGCAAAAACUAAAGCACGAAGCACCAGUGACUCGGUCAAUAAAAAAGUGGUCAGAUGAAGCACAUGCUAAGCUACAGGACUGUUUUGCUAGCACAGACUGGAAUAUGUUCCGGGAUUCUUCCGAUGGCAUUGAAGAGUACACCACAUCAGUCACUGUCUUCAUCAAUAAGUGCAUCGAUGACGUCAUCCCCACAGUGACUGUACGUACAUACCCCAACCAGAAGCCAUGGAUUACAGGCAACAUCCGCACUGAGCUAAAGGGUAGAGCUGCUGCUUUCAAGGAGCGGGACUCUAACCCGGAAGCUUAUAAGAAAUCCCGCUAUGCCCUCCGAUGAACCAUCAAACAGGCAAAGCGUCAAUACAGGACUAAGAUCGAAUCGUACUACACCGGCGCCGACGCUCGUCGGAUGUGGCAGGGCUUGCAAACUAUUACAGACUACAAAGGGAAGCACAGCUACGAGCUUCCCAGGGACACGAGCCUACCAGACGAGCUAAAUUACUUCUAUGCUCGCUUCGAGGCAAGUAACACUGAAACAUGCAUGAGAGCAUCAGCUGUUCCGGACGACUGUGUGAUCACGCUCCCCGUAGCCGAUGUGAGUAAGACCUUUUUAAACAGGUCAACAUUCACAAGGCCGUAGGGCCAGACAGAUUACCAGGACGUGUACUCAGAGCAUGCACUGACCAACUGGCAAGUGUCUUCACUGACAUUUUCAACCUCUUCCUGUCUGAGUCUGUAAUAUCAACAUGUUUCAAGCAGACCACCAUAGUCCCUGUGCCCAAGAACACUAAGGUAACCUGCCUAAAUGACUACCGACCCGUAGCACUCACGUCUGUAGCCAUGAAGUGCUCUGAAAGGCUGGUCAUGGCUCACAUCAACACCAUUAUCCCAGAAACCCUAGACCCACUCCAAUUUACAUACUGCCCCAACAGAUCCACAGAUGAUGCAAUAUCUAUUGCACUCCACACUGCCCUUUAACACCUGGACAAAAGGAACACCUAUUCAUUGACUACAGCUCAGUGUUCAACACCAUAGGGCCCUCAAAGCUCAUCACCAAGCUAAGGACCCUGGGACUAAACACCUGCAAUUGGAUCCUGGACUUCCUGACGGGCCGCCCGCUGGUGGUAAGGAUAGGUAACAACACAUGCGCCACGCUGAUCCUCAACACAGGGGCCCCUCAGGGGUGCGUGCUCAGUCCCCUCCGGUACUCCCUGUUUACUCAUGACUGCAUGGCCAGGCACGACUCCAACACCAUCAUUAAGUUUGCUGAUGACACAACAGUGGUAGGCCUGAUCACCGACAAUGACGAGACAGCAUAUAGGGAGGAGGUCAGAAACCUGGCUGUGUGGUGCCAGGACAACAACCUCUCCCUCAAUGUGAUCGAGACAAAGGCGAUGAUUGUGGACUACAGGAAAAAGAAGAGGACCGAGCACACCCCCAUUCUCAUCGACAGGGCUGUAGUGGAGCAGGUUGAGGGCUUCAAGUUCCUUAGUCUCCACAUCACCAACAAACGAAACAUGGUCCAAGCACACCAAGACAGUCGUGAAGAGGGCACGACAAAACCUAUUCUCCCUUAGGAGACUGAAAAGAUUUGGCAUGGGUCCUCAGAUCCUCAAAAGGUUCUACAGCUGCACCAUCGAGAGCAUCCUGACUGGUUGCAUCACUGCCUGGUAUGGCUACUGCUCUGCCUCCGACCGCAAGGCACUACAGAGGGUAGUGCGUACGGCCCAGUACAUCACUGGGGCCAAGCUUCCUGCCAUCCAGGACCUCUAUACCAGGCAUACCAGGCGGUGUCAAAGGCCCUAAAAAUUGUCAAAGACUCCAGCCACCAUAGUCAUAGACUGUUCUCUCUGCUACCGCAUGGCAAGCGGUACCGGAGCGCCAAGUCUAGGUCCAAGAGGCUUCUAAACAGCUUCUACCCCCAAGCCAUGACUCCUAAUGAAAUGGCUACCCAGACUAUUUGCAUUGCCCCCCCCCCCCGCUUCUACUCUCUGUUUAUUAUCUAUGCAUAGUCACUUAAAUAACUCUACCUACAUGUACAUAUUGCCUCGACUGGCCAGUGCCCCCGCACAUUGACUCUGUGCCAGUGCCCCCUGUAUAUAGCCUCGCUAUUGUUAUUUUACUAUUGUUAUUUUACUGGGGGGGGGGGAUUCUUAAAACUGCAUUGUUGGUUAAGGGCAUUUCAUUAAGUAAGUAUUUCACGGAUUUGAUAGUCUACAACCUUUCUUUAAGCACACAAAUACCCAUUUGAAUGUCCCUGAGAGCAGAGGCAAGACAGUUAACACUUCAUCGCUGUGUCUUUUAUGUAGGGAAGAAGUCAGUCGAGGAUCUUUGAGGAAUUUUGCAAGGCAUUGAUACUAUGAGUGUUUGAAGAAUGCACUAUAGAGAUUGGCCAAUAGAGUUCCUUAGCCAUUCAUUCUCCUGGCCUGACAUAGGCUUCUUACAGCACAUUCAGAUGAACAUGUUAUUGUGCUAGAUGUAACCGUCACAUAAAAUAUAUUCCGAACACAGAAUUGGACAUGGCUUCAGUAUCAGCCACUAAAGAGCCUCAAGGGCUUGUGUACUGUAGUACGCUGUUUUACUUCAGAAAACAUUUAAUUGAACAUUAUAAGCAUCUGAAGUUUCCAUCCUUACUUGGAUCAUCAUCUGAGGCAUUUUACAGUCUUUCCUGAAUUACUGUUAAAUGUUCCUCUGCGAAUCUCAGUACUUUAAUCCUAAGAGUGGGAGGCUAAGGUCUUUUUUGGCUAUCUUUGAGCCUGGAGUCUGUGUGUGCUACCCAAAUGACACCCUUUUCCCUACAUAGUGCACUACUUUUGACUAGAGCCUAUAUAGGGAAUAUGGUGCCAUUUGGGACAGCCUCGUCGUCUCUCUCUACUUGGCUCUGUUAUGGAUGGGUAACAAUCCUGACUUAAAUCUGUUCACAAAGGACUGUCUGGCUUUUCUCCCUCAUUCUGAGUGGAGCAGUGCCACUGCCUGGGAUACACUGUUGUGUUCUAUCAUGAUGUGAUUUCACAUCUCAGAGACCUGUACACUCUUUGAAGUGUCUUUCAGUCUCUCUCUCUCUCAAUUUAAAUUCAAUUCAAUUUAAGGGCUUUAUUGGCAUGGGAAACGUAUGUUAACAUUGCCAAAGCAAGUGAAGUAGAUAGUAAACAAAAGUGAAAUUAACAAUAAAUAUUAACAGUAAACAUUACACUCAGAAGUUCCAAAAGAAUAAAAAACAUUUCAAAUGUCAUAGUCUCUCUCUCUCUCUCCCUCCCCCCAUCUCUCUCCGCCCUCUCUCUCUCUCUCCCUCCCUCCCUCCCUCCCUCCCUCCCCCAUCUCUCUCCGCCCUCUCUCUCCUCCCUCUCUCUCUCGUUUGUGAUAGAACUCAGGGUGGGAGAGAUUGUUUCAGUAUUCUGCAAUAAACAUACUGAGGAGUUCACAGUUUGUGUAUAUGCUUCGUCAAAUUAUGUUGCUGCAUAGAAAUGGCUCAAGGGUUUGUUGAAUCUACUCCGAGUGGAAAUCUUAAAUUCACUCACUCUGCUGCUGGCACUGCAGUGUUCAGCUCCACACACAGCCCAGCACAGAGCAGUGUUCAACUCCACACACAGAACAGAACAGUGUUCAACUCCACACACAGCCCAGCACAGAACAGUGUUCAACUCCACACACAGAACAGAACAGUGUUCAACUCCACACACAGCCCAGCACAGAACAGUGUUCAACUCCACACACAGAACAGAACAGUGUUCAACUCCACACACAGCCCAGCACAGAACAGUGUUCAACUCCACACACAGAACAGAACAGUGUUCAACUCCACACACAGCCCAGCACAGAACAGUGUUCAACUCCACACACAGAACAGAACAGUGUUCAACUCCACACAAAGCCCAGCACAGAACAGUGUUCAACUCCACACACAGAACAGAACAGUGUUCAACUCCACACACAGCCCAGCAUAGAACAGUGUUCAACUCCACACACAGUACAGAACAGAACAUUGUUCAACUCCACACACAGUACAGAACAGAACAUUGUUCAACUCCACACACAGUACAGAACAGAACAUUGUUCAACUCCACACACAGUACAGAACAGAACAUUGUUCAACUCCACACACAGCACAGAACAGUGUUCAACUCCACACACAGAACAGAACAGAACAUUGUUCAACUCCACACACAGUACAGAACAGAACAUUGUUCAACUCCACACACAGCACAGAACAGAACAGUGUUCAACUCCACACACAGAACAGAACAUUGUUCAACUCCACACACAGUACAGAACAGAACAUUGUUCAACUCCACACACAGUACAGAACAGAACAUUGUUCAACUCCACACACAGUACAGAACAGAACAGUGUUCAACUCCACACACAGAACAGAACAUUGUUCAACUCCACACACAGUACAGAACAGAACAUUGUUCAACUCCACACACAGCACAGAACAGUGUCCCCCUACAUUCACUACAGUAUACCUCCAGGCCUGGUUUAGUAAUCUGAAUAUUCCUGUCCUGGGAGUGAGGGAUGUUGAAACACUGUCUGUGAUCAUCAGUGACACACACACACAUUCUUCAAAUAGGGAAAAGCAAACCCUGAGGGCUCUGUGUGUGUGUCUGUGUGUGUCCCUGCACACGUGUGUGUGUGCGCCUGUGUUUGUGUCCGUGUGACGUUUGUGUGUGUGUGUGAGUGCCUGCGUAUGUAGUAGGGCCGGGACGAUACCAGUAUCACGAUACUCAUUAGUAUCCUGUCAACUAAACAAAACAUGAAGCAGAUUUAACUUCUUUAGGAAAACAGCCCUAAUGUUGGAAACACACAUCAUUAUGUUGUCAUCCAGAGUCACAUUUAUUUAUUUUCCAAGCUAUAGAACACAAUAUUUUACAUACAGCAGGUUUUUAAAGGACCAAAGAAUUUGGUCUGCUUUGUGUUUUAAUUUUUGCCAUGGAAAAAAUAUUGCGAUACUGGUAUCUUUACAUUUGACAUUUACAUUUUAGUGAUUUAGCAGACACUCUUAUCCAGAGCGACUUACAGGAGCAAUUAUAAUUUAUUGCCUUGCUCGAGGGCACAUCGGCAGAUUUUUCACCUAGUCGGCUCAAUGAUUUUAACCAGCGACCUUUCGGUUAAUGGUCCAACGCUCUUAACCACUAGGCUACCUGCCGCCCACAGCCCUAAUAUGUUUGACGUUUGUGUGUGUGUGUGUGCAUGCGUGUGUGUGUGUUCGCCCAGGAAGCUGUCAUGGCAUGUCAGGUCAAUGAUGUCAUCCUCAGACUUGGCCUGUAGUUAACCCAGAUGUCUUUCUAUCUCGUCCUCCACCUGUGUGAAUGACAGGCCUGUUGUGGAGUUGUCUAAAGGUGUUGUCAUGCUGAAGUAAUGGGGGUUUUCUUUUAACUUUGAUGUGUUUUUGUGUGUGUGUGUGUGUGUGCAUUCAAAUGUUUGUGUGUGUAUAUUUGUGUGUGUUGUCACAUUGAUAAUUGCCUCUCAGGGGAAGGGGAGUAGAGCGGAUCUCAUAAAUCGACCACUGAGGUCCCUAAUGUCAUUUCUCAAUGUCAUUUCUCAAUGUCACCAAUGACCGCUAUCAGCGCGUGAGGAGAAAAUUCUGUCAAUACAAUAAGGUGCACAUGAAGCCUGUCACUACUGCUAUGAUUCAAUCAGUUUAGUUCCACUACCUCACCUCAUCACGAGCCUCCAUGUAAUCAUGGGUUGUGUUCCAAAUGGCACCCUAUUCCCUACACAGUGCAUUACUUUUGACCAGGGCCCAUAGGGAAUAGGGUGCCAUUUGGGACGCAGACCCUGGCUUGAGCUGCAAGGACAAGACCCAUGGAUACAGACAGAAUGAAGGUCUAGAACAAUCUGAACCUAUUAGGAAAUGAAACCUGAAGGGCCUGGGUCUUGUUCAGUUGGCACAAAACUAUUUGGAACAGGGGAGAUACAACCUGAACUUAUCCAAUAAGAACGCUGAUUUUGUGUUGCAAAAUGUUUUGCUACAGUGUGACCUACUGAACACAACUCAGAUGAGAUUUUUUCAAUAUUUUUCAGGGUUCCAUCCAUAGUGACCUUUAUAAAACAAGAUGAAGCUGUGUUUAUGUAACAGCUCGGAUUGAACGUGCUACUAACUGAUUAUUACAAGUCUAAUAUAUUGAUAUUCUUCCUCAGUUUCAGCCAUUUGAUUUAACUAUUCAUUUAUCUUCCCCUCUGUCCUGAGCCUGGCUGUCAAGACUCCUCAUAUACGUGUGUGUGUGUGUGUGUGUGUACGGCAGGUGGCCUAGUGGUUAGAGAGGCGAGCCAUCAUUAGUUCUGUCAGGGGGUAUGUCUAUUCUGAUAGAACAAGGUGACGGGCAUCUAGCGGCCGAUUUAAAGACGCUAAGCGAUUAUCCCGGCUCACUGCCACUGGGGGGGAUUGGCAGGUGGUGGUGGUGGCAGCGGGUGAUGGGGGAACCAUCAGAGGGAGGGAGGGAGGGAGAGGGAGAGAGAGUUAUGGUGUGGCACCGUGCCAGGCAGGUCUGGGAUCAGGCAGAGUUGUUUCAUCACAGCCGGGCCGAACACAGCGGAGAGGAGUUCACAGCUUUGAUCAGGCUGUCUCAUAGGAUAGAGAGAGAGAGACUAUAGUUUUCCUUCACAGAAAAUACAUUAGUGCAACACAUUCGGCAGAAAAAGCUUAAUUUUCAUCAGAUGAUGACAGAGGUGCAACGCUAUUUGGCUAGCAGCCACACAAGUAAAUGAGCUUACAAUGAAAACGCAAUGUCUUUUUUUGCAGAAAACAAUGCAUGGCCAUCAAUAUGCUAAUGUAUAUCAUAGAAAGAAUGUAACCAGCUACAUUUCCUAAUGUUUUGCUUCAAGUUAAUCUUGCAUUUUACUGAGAACAGUAGGCUGGCUACACCAGAAAAGUACCAGAGAAAAGAAGCUCCACAUCAGUCAGAGCGCUGUCUGCUGAUAGAAUGCCUGUUUGUGAAUUCUCAUCCCAGUGGAGAAGUGCAACUGAAGCACAAAAUUAGUUUGAUGCUGAGCAGAAAUUAAAAUAAGAAGCUUUUUAGAUCUGUAUUUAAAAAACGCAGCAAGAUAUUUCUUAUGCGUUUUAUCAAUGCGUUUUAUCAUUUUUUCCUGCGUGAAAAACAAAGAAUUCUACGUUAGGGCGACUCUAAAGUUUAACUUGCUAGUUAUUUAAGUCAGUGGCUGAGUUAAUAAGGUCACGGGGCAUCAUAUUGUGUUAGCUUUCUGUAGUGUUUGAGAAGUCAAAUCCCUUUGGAUGAGUAAUCUGUACAGCUGCCACUGCAGCUUGAUUCCCUUGUGUUUUCUCCUCUCUGUUCUGGGCCUGUCUGCUCCUCCCCUAUCUUCUCUGAGCAGAGCAGGCAGGUCCAUUUCCCUAGUGACUCCCAGACUCCACACAUACACAGUGUGUACACAGUACUGUUCUUCCUUCAGACAAGCAUGCGACAAAACUUUGUUCAUUUGCACAAUGUCUCUCAUUCACAUUCGCUGGAAACUCACCAAAAAUGACAGUCGGUAUCUCCUACCUAUACACUACCAGUCAAAUGUUUGGACAUACCUACUCAUUCAAGGGUUUUUCUUUAUUUUAUACUAUUUUUUUACAUUGUAGAAUAAUAGUGAAGACAUCAAACUAUGAAAUAACACAUAUGGAGUCAUGUAGUAACCAAAAAAGUGUUAAACAAAUCAAAAUAUAUUUUAUAUUUGAGAUUCUUCAAAUAGCAACCCUUUGCCUUGAUGACAGCUUUGCACAUUCUUGGCAAUUUCUCAACCAGCUUCACCUGGAAUGCUUUUCCAACAGUCUUGAAGGAGUUCCCACAUAAGCUGAGCACUUGUUGGCUGCUUUUCCUUCACUCUGCGGUCCGACUCAUCCCAAACCAUCUCAAUUUGGUUGAGUUCGGGGGAUUGUGGAGGCCAGGUCAUCUGAUGCACCAUUCCAUCACGCUCCUUCUUGGUCAAAUAGCCCUUACACAGCCUGGAGGUGUGUUGGGUCAUUGUCCUGUUGAAAAACAAAUGAUAGUCCCACUAAGCCCAAACCAGAUGGGAUGGCAUAUCGCUGCAGAAUGCUGUGGUAGCCAUGCUGGUUAAGUGGGCCUUGAAUUCUAAAUAAAUCACAGACAGUGUCACCAGUAAAGCACCCCCACACCAUAACACCACCUCCUCCAUGCUUUACGGUGGGAACUACACAUGCGGAGAACAUCCGUUCACCCACACCGCGUCUCACAAAGACACGGCGGUUAGAAACAAAAAUCUCAAAUUUGGACUCCAGACCAAAGGACGAAUUUCCACCAGUCUAAUGUCCAUUGCUUUUGUUUCUUGGCCCAAGCAGGUAUCUUCUUCUUAUUGGUGUCCUUUAGUAGUGGUUUCUUUGCAGCAAUUCGACCAUGAAGGCGUGAUUCGCGCAGUCUCCUCUGAACAGUUGAUGUUGAGAUGUGUCUGUGACUUUAACUCUGUGAAGCAUUUAUUUGGGCUGCAAUUUCUGAGGCUGGUAACUCUAAUGAACUUAUCCUCUGCAGCAGAGGUAACUCCUGGUCUUCCAUUCCUGUGGCGGUCCUCAUGAGAGCCAGUUUCAUCAUAGCGCUUGAUAGUUGUUUAAAACAAUUCAAAAAAAUAAAUUACGGAAAAGUAGUGCGUGCAUAUGUAUUCACCCCCUUUGCUAUGAAACCCUUAAAUAAGAUCUGGUGCAACCAAUUACCUUCAGAAGUCACAUAAUUAGUUAAAUAAAGUCCACCUGUGUGCAAUCUAAGUGUCACAUGAUUGUCACAAAGUUGUGGAGAAGUACAGAUCAGGGUUGGGUUAUAAAAAGAUAUUAGAAAAUUUGAACAUCCCACGGAGCACCCUUAAAUCCAUAAAAACAAAAUGGAAAGAAUAUGGCACCACAACAAACAUGCCAAGAGAGGGCUGCCCACCAAAACUCACGGACCAGUCAAGGAGGGCAUUGAUCAAAGAGGCAACAAAGAGACCAAAGAUAACCCUGAAGGAGCUACAAAGCUCCACAGCGGAGAUUGGAGUAUCUGUCCAUAUGACCACUUUAAGCCAUACACUCCACAGAGCUGGGCUUUACAGAAGAGUGGUCAGAAAAAAGCCAUUGCUUAAAGAAAAUAAUAAGCAAACCUGUUUGGUGUUCGCCAAAAGGAAUGUGGGAGACUCCCCAAACAUAUGGAAGAAGGUACUCUGGUCAGAUGAGACUAAAAUCGAGCUUUUUUGCCAUCAAGGAAAAUGCUGUGUCUGGUGCAAACCCAACACCUCUCAUCACCCCGAGAACACCAUCCCCACAGUGAAGCAUAGUGGUGGCAGCAUCAUGCUGUGGGGAUGUUUUUCACCGGCAAGGACUGGGAAACUGGUCAGAAUUGAAGGAAUGAUGGAUGGCACUAAAUACAGGGUAAUUCUUGAUGGAAACCUGUUUGUCUUCCAGAUAUUUGAGACUGGGACGGAGGUUCACCUUCCAGCAGGACAAUGACCCUAAGCAUAUUGCUAAAGCAACACUCAAGUGGUUUAAGAGGAGACAUUUAAAUGUCUUGGAAUGGCCUAGUCAAAGCCCAGACCUCAAUCCAACUGAGAAUCUGUGGUAUGACUUAAAGAUUGGUGUACACCAGUGGAACCCAUCCAACUUGAAGGAGCUGGAGCAGUUUUGCCAUGAAGAAUGGGCAAAAAUCCCAGUGGCUAGAUGUGCCAAGCUUAUAGAGACAUACCCCAAGAGACUUGCAGCUGUAAUUGCUGCGAAAGGUUGCUCUACAAAGUAUUGACUUUGGGGGGGUGAAUAGUUAUGCACACUCAAGUUUUCUGUAUUUUUGUCUUAUUUCUUGUUUGUUUCACAAUAAAAAGUAUUUUGCAUCUUCAAAGUGGUAGGCAUGUUGUUUAAAUCAAAUGAUACAAACCUCCCAAAAAAUCAGGUUGUAAGGCAACAAAAUAGGAAAAAUGCCAAGGGGGGUGAAUACUUUCGCAAGCCACUAUACCUAUUCCUUUUGUUUAUGUGGACUGUGCUGUAUUCUAGCCCUGUGACCUAAGUGUAAAAACACCAUUGGACCACAACACCCCUAUUCCCUAAGCGUCUGUGUUCUAAGCAGGGGCAUAUUAAUACUAUUUCCCCCCUGUGUCACUAGGCAGUGUUUUGCACUGUGUUAUAGCUGAACUGUAAACAGUAUUCUAUCUCUGUGACUGUAAAAACACCUACAUCCAUAUUCCCUUCUGUGUCUUAUCUAAACAGUGACAUGUUUCUCUUCUCCAGGUAUGAGCUGCGUAUUCGCUACCUUCCAAAAGGAUUCCUGCACCACUUCAGUGAAGACAAACCCACACUCAACUACUUCUACCAGCAGGUAAGACAGACACACAUACACUACCGGUCAAAAGUUUUAGAACACCUACUCAUUUAAGGGUUUUUCUUUAUUUUUACUAUUUUCUACAUUGUAGAAUAAUAGUGAAGACAUCACAACUAUGAAAUAAGACAUAUGGAAUCAUGUAGUAACCAAAAAAGUGUUAAACAAAUCAAAAUAUAUUUUAUAUUUGAGAUUCUUCAAAUAGCCACCCUUUGCCUUGAUGACAGCUUUGCACACUCUUGGCAUUCUCUCAACCAGCUUCACCUGGAAUGCUUUUCCAACAGUCUUGAAGGAGUUCCCACAUAUGCUGAGCACUUGUUGGCUGCUUUUCCUUCACUCUGCGGUCCGACUCAUCCCAAACCAUCUCAAUUUGGUUGAGGUCAGGGAAUUGUGGAGGCCAGGUCAUCUGAUGUGGCACUCCAUCACUCUCCUUCUUUGUAAAAUAGCCCUUACACAGCCUGGAGGUGUAUUGGGUCAUUGUCCUGUUAAAAAACAAAUGAUAGUCCCACUAAGCCCACCCAGAUGGGAUGGCAUAUCGCUGCAGAAUGCUGUGGUAGCCAUGCUGGUUAAGUGUGCCUUGAAUUCUAAAUAAACCAAAGACAGUGUCAUCAGCAAAGCACCCCCACACCAUAACACAUUUAAGUAAUUUAGCAGACGCUCUUAUCCAGAGAGACUUACAAAUUGGUGCAUUCAACUUAGGAUAGCCAGUGGGACAACCACUCCUUUUUUUUUAUGGGGGGGUGGGCGAGGGGGGGGGGGGGGGGGGGGGGGUAGAAGGAUUACUGUUAUACUAUUCCAGGUAUUCCUUAAAGAGGUAGGGUUUCAAGUGUCUCCGGAAGGUGGUCAGGGACUCCGCUGUCCUGGCGCCGUGGGGGAGCUUGUUCCACCGUUGGGGUGCCAGAGCAGCGAUUAGCUUUGACUGGGCUGAGCGGGAACUGUGCUUCCGUAGAGGUAGGGGGGCUAGCAGUGCCCUCCUUUGGGUGUAGGGUCUGAUCAGAGCCUGAAGGUAAGGAGGUGCCGUUCCCCUCACAGCUCCGUAGGCAAGCACCAUGGUCUUGUAGUAGAUGCGAGCCUCAACUGGAAGCCAGUGGAGUGUGCGGAGGAGUGGGGUGACAUGAGAGAACUUGGGAAGGUUGAACACCAGAAGGGCUGCAGCGUUCUGGAUAAGUUGUAGGGGUUUAAUGGCACAGGCAGGGAGCCCAGCCAACAGCGAGUUGCAGUAAUCCAGACGGGAGAUGACAAGUGCCUGGAUUAGGACUUUCUGUGUAAGGUAGGGUCGUACUUUGCGAAUGUUGUAGAGUAUGAACCUGCAGGAUCGGGUCACCGCUUUGAUGUUAGCGGAGAACGACAGGGUGUUGUCCAGGGUCACGCCAAGGUUCUUUGCACUCUGGGAGGAGGACACAAUGGAGUUGUCAACCGUGAUGACGAGAUCAUGGAGCGGGCAGUCCUUCCCUGGGAGGAAGAGCAGCUCCGUCUUGCCGAGGUUCAGCAUGAGGUGGUGAUCCGACAUCCACACUGAUAUGUCUGCCAGACAUGCAGAGAUGCGAUUCGCCACCUGGUUAUCAGAAGGGGGAAAGGAGAAAAUUAAUUGUGUGUCGUCUGCGUAGCAAUGAUAGGAGAGACCAUGUGAGGAUAUGACAGAGCCAAGUGACUUGGUGUAUAGAGAGAAUUGGUGUAUAGAGACACCAGUAGUGAGAGCAUGUGGUGCGGAGACAUAUUCUCGCCACGCCACCUGGUAGGAGCGACCUGUCAGGUAGGAUGCAGUCCAAGAGUGAGCAGCGCCGGAGAUGCCCAACUCGGAGAGGGUGGAGAGGAGGAUCUGAUGGUUCACAGUAUCAAAGGCAGCAGAUAGGUCUAGAAGGAUAAGAGCAGAGGAGAGAGAGUUAGCUUUAGCAGUGCGGAGAGCCUCCGUGACACAGAGAAGAGCAGUCUCAGUUGAAUGACCAGUCUUGAAACCUGACUGGUUUGGAUCAAGAAGGUCAUUCUGAGAGAGAUUGCAGGAGAGUUGGCUAGAGACGGCGCGCUGCUCCUCCAUGCUUUACGGUGGGAAAUACACAUGCAGAGAUCAUCUGUUCACCCACACCGCAUCUCACAAAGACACGGCGGUUGGAACCAAAAAUCUCCAAUUUGGACUCCAGACCAAAGUACAAUAUUCCACCGGUCUAAUGUCCAUUGCUCGUGUUUCUUGGCCCAAGCAAGUAUUUUCUUCUUAUUGGUGUGGUUUCUUUGCAGCAAAUCGACCAUGAAGGCCUGAUUCACACAGUCUCCUCUGAACAGUUGAUGUUGAGAUGUGUCUGUGACUUGACCUCUGUGAAGCAUUUAUUUGGGCUACAAUUUCUGAGGCUGGUAACUCUAAUGAUCUUAUCCUCUGCAGCAGAGGUAACUCUGGGUCUUCCAUUCCUGUGGCGGUCCUCAUGAGAGUCAGUUUCAUCAUAGCGCUUGAUGUUUUUUGCAACUGCACUUGAAGAAACUUUCAAAGUUCUUGAAAUCUUCCGUAUUGACUGACCUUCAUGUCUUAAAGUAAUGAUGGACUGUCGUUUGUCUUUGCUUAUUUGAGCUGUUCUUGCCAUAAUAUGGACUUGAUCUUUUACCAAAUAGGGCUAUCUUCUGUAUACCCCCCCUACCUUGUCACAACACAACUGAUUGACUCAAAUGCAUUAAGAAUGAAAUAAAUUCCACAAAUUAUUUUUUAAGAAGGCACACCUGUUAAUUGAAAUGCAUUCCAGGUGACUACCUCAUGAAGCUGGUUGAGAGAAUGCCAAGAGUGUGCAAAGCUGUCAAGGCAAAGGGUGGCUAUUUGAAGAAUCUCAAAUAUAAAAUAUAUUUUUAUUAAUUUAACACUUUGUUGGUUACUACAUUAUUCCAUAUGUGUUAUUUCAUAGUUUUGAUGUCUUCACUAUUAUUCUAGAAUGUAGAAAAUAGUAAAAAUAAAGAAAAACCCUUGAAUGAGUAGGUGUUCUAAAACUUUUCACCAGUAGUGUACACACACACCCCAACACAUCAUCCAUGGGAGUUAAGUAACAGAGACAGCCUGGUUUGUAACAGGCCAUUGACCAUGGGGAGACACAUUUUCAAAACAUACUUAGCUAGGCUUAUUUAUUCAACAACACUGUAACCGCAGGCGGAGGCAUAUGGCACUUCUAACAGAUGUGUGUGUGUGUGAGAGUUCAUGCAUCUGUUUGUGUGUGUGUGUGCAUGCAUGCGUGCCUGCACAUACAUAUGUGUGCGUGUGUGUGGGUCUGAGGGACCCAAGUCGUUACUGUGAGUGUAUGGGUGAAAUAUGUGGAGGUAUUAGGGCGUAACACACGAUGUGUAGCCACCCGCAAGGCUGUAGAUGCAGAGAGGUGAACUGGGUCAGUGGGCCUCAGGAGGGCUCUGUCUGGCGCUCUUGGUAAGAGACGCUCCCUCUCUCCGAUCCUGACGUGGAAGAAAAGAGGCCAUCUUGACAGCAGGGGGACACAUUUGGGCUCAUCUUGUGUCACUUUCACUCUCAUGUUUUCACUGAAAUCCAGCUGAGGGGAAAAUUGCCAUGAUGGAAGGUAAAAAUCUCACUGUUUGAAGGGGUAAUCAUGGAGCGUGAAGUGCGCUUAUGUUCCGAAUUGUGUCUGGUAUGGAACAACACUUUCAUGAACCAGGUUUUGUUUUCAAUGCAUAUGAUCUAAAAUGGCAGACUCAAUUUCUUUAUGGGUGUUAGAAUACAAAGAACCGCCACUCAACAUGACAAAUCGUGACAUUCAGAGAGGACAUAAUAGCCCAUGAGUGCUAAUUCUCUUAGUUAUCACUCAGAAGCACAUGCUCAUUUGUCUCAUGAAAUGGCUCUCUCUGUGUCCGUCUGCCAGUGUUGUGUUGCUGUCUCUGCAGGUGCACCCACCCAGGCUUUAUCAACCAAGCCCACCACCCACUUACUAUGGGCUGUUUGUAUGGGGGAUUGAAUGUCUCUCUUUCUGUCUCUCUCUCACUCUCUUUCUGUCUUUCACUCUCUGUCUGUCUCCCUCUCUAUCCCCCCCUCCCGCGCUCUCUCUCUCUCUCUCUCUCUCUCUGGAGGGAGGGGGCCAGUGUUUGUAAAAUAGCUGUAUAUCAGUAAGGUCCCCCUCAAAGCCUUUGUCCCGUGGGUUCUACACCUCAAAAUUCAGUGUGUGUUUGUUUGACUUCUGUUGCUCUGUGUAAGGCCUCCAUGCUCCCAUUCUAAAACAUGUAUUUCUGUCUGUCUUACAGGUGAAAAAUGACUACAUGGUAGAGAUAGCCGACCAGGUCGAGCAAGACAUUGCACUUAAGUUGGGAUGCCUUGAAAUCAGGUCAGUUCAGUUAUCCAAGAGUGGUCAAAUGUUCUAUUCUCUUUCAUGAACGUUAGCUAGCUCCCAUGUUGUUGUAUUUCACACUCACCAAGACAUUUUUCCCGUACAGGAGAUUCUUCCGGGAGAUGCGGGGAAAUGCGCUGGACAAGAAAUCAAACUAUGAGCUAUUAGAGUAAGUCCCUUUUGGCUUGAUUCUCGUAUGGUAAUAGCUUGGGUUUCUACUGCUCACUGUAAGAAAUAACUAUUCAGUCAAUAUUGUAUGUCUUUGUUGAUCUUUUACCAAGAAACUCAAUGUGUAAGAGGAAUUCCUGUAAAGGUGAUUAAUACAUUUAUUUAUGAUAGCUAAAAUAUGAUGUCAUUGGAUAUCCUAUAUCUUCUAUAACCUCAAGACUAUUUUUUGUGAGGACACUGGGAUCAGUUGCCAUGGUUGCGGUGGCCUUGUCUAGUGUGUUAAUUGGAUAUAUGUGAACCAUCCUUCAUAAAGAACACAUAGGUUAACCUAGUGUGUUAAUGGGAUAUAUGUGAACCAUCCUUCAUAAAGAACACAUAGGUUAACCUAGUGUGUUAAUGGGAUAUAUGUGAACCAUCCUUCAUAAAGAUCACAUACUGUAGGUUAACCUAGUGUGUUAAUGGGGUAUAUGUGAACCAUUCUUCAUAAAGAUCACAUGGGUAAACCGGUGCCGUGACCAUACAUGGUUCAACCCCCUGCAGAGUCUCAGGUCUGCCAUCGAACACGCUUUUCCGAGGUGCGCUAUUUGAUAAAGGUCAGGGGUUCACGUUAACAAUGCCCUUUUCUAACGAUGCGUCCAAUUAGUUAUUUUCUCAUAUGCUCAGGCCUUCACACUCUAAAGAGGCCCGCUAAUUACUAACGAUCACUCUCUCUUUUCUCUCCGUAUUGAUUGAAAUGCAGAGUUCGCUUUUCAUAAAUUAUUUACAUAUUUCGAAUGAUGGAUGAAGAGAAGGGAGAGGGAGAGAGAGCCCUCACACCGCUACUAAAUUACCAGCGAUCCCUUUGGCAUGUCUCUCCUGUUUACCAUCAACAUACCUUCUCUAACCCAAAGGGUUGGGUCCUCUACUUUGGUAUUCCAGCCCAGUGUUUCACCUAUAUUCAUUUCAAUCGUUGCCGCCACGCCCAUUUAAAAAUAAUACAUAUUUCUGCCGAGACGCGCUUUUAAGAUUGACAAAUUGAGUCUUUUAGGGUUUUUCAAUUAGGUAAAUGCAGAAGGGCAACCCCAUGCUUCAGCCUACAGUUUAUAAUGCUUUUAAAGAGAAAAUAAUAUUUCAGAUGUGCUUUUAAAAAAAUUAUAGGAUAAACACUACCACCCAUUGGUAUAUUCAGAGCCCGUUGGUAUUCCAGGCCCAUUGGUAUUCCGAGCGGCAUUCCGGUCUUGUUAGCCCGUCCACUAUACGGAUCCCUGCUGCCUGGUCUUUAUCGCCUUGCUGUUGGGGAACGUCCGUGUUCUGCCUCCUUUCCCAGGGGAUAAUCUCACACCUUCCUUCUGCAGGGAAAAUGUGGCACCCUGUUCCUUACAUAGUGCUCUAUGUAGCCCUGUUGGACCCUGGUCAAACCCUGUGCACUAUAUUGGGUGCCAUUUGGGACGCAACCAGUGUCGUCCUCUGCUGGCUCCAAGGAUAUGCAGAGUUAAGGGGUUCAGUAAUUUGACCGGGCCUGCAACAGGCUGUAAGGCAGGGCACUGCAAGCUGAGAAACGUGUCUAACCGGAGGUUGAUCAGCCUUGCCAAGUUGUGGUGUAGGGUGAAGUUUCCCCUACACGCUUGUCUUGGUUAAGUUUAGCAUUUUCCCCACUAAUGGUUAAGGUUAGGAUUGGGGGAGGGUAAGCUGAUCCUAGAUCUGUACCUAGGGAAAGCUUUACCCCGCAGCCCAAGGCGUAUUGGAUCCUCCAUAUUGGAUGUGGAUACAUAACGGUGCAAUGGUCUGUUUGUCAUUGAUGCAUACGGUUAAUACUGUGUUACUGUGCAAACUAGUGAUAAGGGAAAAAAUCGAUAGUCACAUAUCAGGAUAUUAUUUUUGAUGAUAUACCUCAAUAUAUAUAUUUUUUACAAUAUUGCAAUAUUAUUUUUGUGCUAGUUGGCUGUACCUGCACCAAAACUCCAGUAUUUUUCCUUCAUAGCUUGUUCUCAAUCUUAUUUUUUAAUAGGGAGCCAAUUUGUUUUCAGCACUUUUAUUUCCAUGACUGAUCAUGACUCUCUUGUCCCUCUGCAGCAAACAUACAGUAUAUGGUGAGCAAUGUGUUUGGAACAUUGAAUUUCAAUAAAAUCGUGGUAUCGAAUUGCAAUAGGUAUAGAAUUGUGAGUGUCGCAAUACAUAUCAUAUCGGCACCUACUCUACGUAUCGUGAUAUUGUAUCAUGAGGUCCCUGGCAAUUCCCAGCCCUAGUGCAAACAGUUACUGGGUAACUGUGGAAGAAAUAUGAGCUCUGCUGCUCUCCCUCCAUGUUGAUGACCAUACAUUCUCUCAUAGUAGGCUACUAAAUCCCAAGAUGUUUCUGUAUGCUUCAGAUUUAAUGCCACUAAUAUCAUCCUUAUGUGUAGGUUUUUGGAACAAGGUUAUUGUGAUAUGCAACCAGGUUUUAUUAAGCAUGAUAUGAAACAAGGGAGAGACCACACAAAUGUGUCCAUUUGACUGUUUUGUAGCCUACUGCUAGGGCUCUGGCUAGUGCUAACUGGACCUUGCCCAACCAAUGAUGUCCAGUCUUAGCUGCUGCUGUGCUGUGCUCAGACCCAUAGAGAAAGCAGGGGCUUGUUUCAGAGGCACAAAAGUAAAGUGUCCUAAUGAAUAGCCAGCUCUCUCUCUCUCUCUCUUUCUCUCUGCCUCUCUCUCUCUCUCUCUCUCUCUCGCACUCGUAUUCUCGCUCUUGCACUCUCUCUCUCUCUCUCGCACUCGCUGCCUCUCUCUCUCUCUCGCACUCGCAUUCUCGCUCUUUCACACUCUCCCCUCUCCUCUGAUAAUGGUGCUGGGAUUCAGUGCGCUGGCUAGCGUUAGUUCCAGGUCAGUCAGUCCACACAGCCCAGCACUGAGGGCAGAGGAGAGGAAGGGAGAGAGAGGAGGGGGAUAGAGAGAGAGGAGAGAUGGAGAGGAGAAGAGAGGGGAUACAAGAGGGGAGGGGGAGAGUGAGCGCAGCAGGGGCAAUCCAAUCAGAGAGCACUUCCAAUUUCGGUGACUGACGGCUAAUGAGGUGACAGACAUGGAGGGAGGGGGAAGGAGGGGGUGGUUUGACUACCUGGUGGGCAGCUUGGAAAACUUUUUUUAAACGAUUUUAUUUGAUAUUUUAUAGACAAUACAAAACAUACACAUACAAACGACAACAUUGUGCAAACAUCAACUACAUCACACCUGCCCAGACCCACUAGCACACACCCAAAUCUCCAGCGCCAGCAUCACUUUCCGCCACAUGGCCUGAAACUGCACCAUUGUGUUUCUCUCCAUAGCCCACGCACUUUCAAUAUUUAAAUCAAUCAUUCGAUUUUUUUCCAUUGUGUUAAUGAUGGCGGAUUGAUUGAUUUCCACAUUUUUAGUAUAAGCAGCUUGGAUUACUGUCAGGCCAGGGAGACAUACAGGAGAGAGGAUUUUCUGAGCCUGGGGAAAGUCAUCAUGUUGUGGUUCAGCACUGCUAAAACUACAGAGUGUGUUUCCUCUUGAUUUAACAUAGCUAAGCUAAGGCAUUAUAACAGAUCCAUAGCAUCUGUUUGUGCCAUCAUGCCAACUCCUUGUCACUCAUUGUCGUGGCAUACAGAUCCUUAAAUGUACCUAGAUCCUCACUCACAUGCACAGACGGACGGUAGCAUUGCUCUGCUACCAGAAAAGCUUCAUCACACUAUUGCCAAGUCAGCAUCAAUUUUAUGGCAGGUUUUGUGGCCCCGGCCUUAUAAAUGAUGUGGAUUGAUUCUGGUUAAUGGCCGCGGCCAGCGGAACGUAAGUGGCUUACGGAGCGCCUCGGGUUUUAACGAGCUAUCUUUUAAUAGAGACCAAAUGAUGAAAUGAUUGUGUGGGAGGGAUGAUGUUAUUGGCUUUAAAAAAUAUGCUGUCUCUUCUUCUCCUCUACGAUGUGAGGACUCUCUUUCCCUCUCUCUUUCUCUGAAGUCUUCUUUUCUGCUACUCUGUCUCUCUCUCUCUCUCUCUCUCUCUCUGGUCCACACUGUUCCCCCCCCCCCCCCCCCCCCCUUUCCUCCUCUCUGUACACAGACCGAUCAGUUAUGUUGUGUGGUUAACUUCAGAGAAGGCCUACUAAUGGCCCUGAGUAAAUGGAUGUGUUUCUCUCUCCUUUCCCUGGUAGAUUGGUAUCAGGGAGGUGAAAUUCCAUCAGGGGACUGUUUUGAGGAGUUGAGGCUAACCCGAAAGUAGACAUUUUGCAUUCUCAUUUUGGCAAUGGUAAAAACUGUUUUUAAAUAUAUAUAUUUGACAGUAUUUCACUUUAUUCAGACAGGGAUCGUAUGAAAUGAGAGGGUAGACAUAGUGAGGGAUGAAGAUGCAGAAUAGCGGUGGGGCCAGGAUUCGUACCCAUGCUGGUGGUGUAUAUGUGUUGCAGGAGGUGACGUUGCCAGCUAGACCAGCCUCAGGCACUGGUCUCACUAAACUGACAUUCUCCUUUUUUUUCUCCCUUCUUUACAGAAAAGAUGUGGGCUUAAGAAGAUUCUUCCCCAAGAGUUUACUGGAUUCAGUCAAGGUGAGAUGAUGCUUCAGAAAAAUGUAUUUCUUCUUUCAGGGUCAUCGAUGAGAAUAUAUCUCCAAGGUCCAGUCAGUCUCCAAUGCAUUCUCAGAGAGAGCACCGACCACCGCUUCAUAUGAAUGUAGCACGCACUUUGAAGACUCCAUAUUUCCUUUCUACCCUCUGAAGUGUCUUCUAGCUGUGUGUGUGGAUCUCUUGGUUCUGGGGCCUUUGUUCCAGCCUUGGACAGGCAGAGUUGGCCUAGUUCCAGGCUAGCAUCCCUCGUACAAACAGGCCUGUGGGGGAAAGAGCCCCAGCUGAAUCAAACCCACUCAUCUGUCGACUCCUCUCAUCUCGCUUCACAACAGCGCCAGACAUCCACUGCGAUAAACAGUGUGGAAAUGAUCCCAUUUACUGUACUGUUCUAUAUACUGUACUAUAAGACAGCUUUUUUAGUUUUUGGCCUAAAGCCAGUUGAAGCAAGGAGUUUAGCAUGUUUAACAGAGCCUUGAUGGUGGGUUUUCCUGGAGACUGUGUGUGUGUGUGUGUGUGUGUGUGUGUGUGUGUGUGUGUGUGUGUGUGUGUGUGUGUGUGUGUGUGUGUGUGAGUGUCUCAGCCGCCAGCCAUGUGUGUGAUGUGAUGGAUUUAUGGCACGUGUGUGGGCGUACAGAGCUGCGGGGGGGCCACAAUGGGGCGGCGUGAACGUGGGACCUAGUGCCCCAGGGAAGGGUGCAUUGGAGUCGGAGAGAGAGGGGUGGACAGAUGCUCUGCCUGGAGGUGUGGGUGGUGCCUAACCCCACAGCCCCACAUGUCACUGCUAAACCCACUUUAUCCCCAAUGGGGGAGGGUACUUCUGGGGAGGGGGUACCUCCUUCUGUCAGGCCCAAGUGCCUCAGAGUUACCCUCCCCCCAUUCCAGUCACAGCUCCCCUUGGAAAACAUGAAAUCACAUCCUCGUAGCCAGGCGCCUGUUUGUUAAAAACACCCCCUAACCAUCCAUCCCUCCCUCCCUCCCUCCAUCCAUCAUCCCUCCCUCCCUCCAUCCGCCCAUCCGUCCUCCAGCCAACCAUCCCCCCCACACUAUCUACUCUGUUGUUAGUUAGCUAUAACAUUGAAACCCCCAAACAUGUAAGUGUGGUUCUGGUAGGAUUAAAAACCAUGAUCCUUCUGGAAAUGACUCUCCCCUACAUCACAAUGACAUGUUGAACAGAUGAUGCUUUCAGCAACGAACUGAAGCCACGCACACACCCACUGUGACACACAUACACACUCCAGACCCCCCCCCACACACACUUUUGAUGAACAGAAAUAUGUUAACACGGUUAUUCUCGCUCCUAUCCACUCCACUGGACAGAGUACAUUACCUGGCAAAUGGCUGAGGUCGGAAUAUAACUCACUCAAAGCGUAAUCAAAUUAGGCAAUAAAAUAAAUUAUUGAUUACACAGAGGUUCACGUUUACAUAAUUACCAUCCCCAGGUUUACAGCAGAAGGUUUCCAUUUAGAGCGAUGACGACAGGCUCUGCUCGAAAAAGUGGAGGGAAACGUGAGUUUAAUUUGGUUUGGCACCAGAAUCACUAAUGGGUGCGUCCCAAAUAGCACCCUAUUAUCUCUAAAGUGCACUAGUUUUUACUAUGGACCCUGGUCAAAAGUAGUGCACUAUAUAGGGCACAGGUGUCAAACUCCAUGGAAUGAGUUUGACAUCUAUGAUAUAGGGAAUAGGGUGCCAUUUGGGACGCAUCCGAUUUCAGAGGAGGUCUUGUAAGUGCUUUAGAAUGAAGCACUUGUGUGGUCUGACAUUUCUAAUGGAGAAAUCCACCUGAUGGGUUGACUUUAUGCUUGAACAGGACUCUAUAUGCUCCUAAAUCUUUGUCAGGUCAAACCAUGAGAUCUGUUACAACUACAGUACCAUAAGUUGUCUUUAUGCUGUCAAUGUCUUUCAAAGUACUACUUUGUAUAUACCGGCGGAAAAAUGCCAUUUGUUUGCCUGUGCCCACAUUAAAACACAUCAAGUGUAGACAAAUGGCAUAGAAUAAAUACAGAUUCAGAAAGAUUCAUCUGUACACAUCAGUACACUACUGUACUAUAUCAACUGUAGGGCCCUCCCUCCCUGCAGGGUUCUUAUGGGAGAUGGAGAGAUACUCUGAGCUCAGCUUCCUCUCAGGAAGGGUGGAGGGGACAAGUUCUGUGAUUACUCCACAUGUUACUGUUAUGUUCUACAGUAAAGUAAGAGCUCCAGAUAGGAUCAGGGGAUCCAUUCCUAGAAUUCCAUUGUUUUCCGACCCCUACCCUCACCCCUAACCCCCUGUCCAUUAAGUGGAGUCUAAAAUGCUGUAUUUAUAAGUCGUUGAUUUUAAAAGCCAGUAUGCGGACUAGUAGGACAGGCAGCUGUUAGUAUAAGUCCUUGAUGAAUCAGCCUAACUCUGCAGGGAGUUGAUUUAGAUUACAUAAUUAGAAGGUGUGUGUGUGUGUGUGUGUGUGUGUGUGUGUCAGUCAGUGUGUAGUAAUAGUGUCAACAUCAGCUGUCAUUAAAGCACGAUGUCUCGUGCAUUUUUAAUGGAGUUUAAACUCACUGGCCGUGUAAUGGAAGACAGAGUCACUAUUGACCCGGUCACAUUGAUCAGGCCAACAACUCCACUAGUCUCUAAACUGGUUGAACUAUGAACUGGUCUGUCUCACUCACCGUUGCAUCCUAAAUGGCACCCUAUUCUCUAUAAAGUUAACACAUUGGGCUCUGGUCAAAGGAAGGCACUAUAUAGGGAAUACAGUGCCAUUUGGGACGCAGCCCCCCAGUCCCCUGCUAUGACCCUAAUUGGCAUGACGCUCAAUAUAUAUUCUCCAAUCAAUACGGUUAUCAGUAUCAUUCACUUCUUUCUCAUGGGGGUACAGUGUAUUAAAGUGAUGGAUAGCUUUUUUAAAGGGGUGGUCUGGGAUUUUGAAGGGGUAAGACGGUUCUACUAUGCUCAGUCAUGUUAUAUACUUUAAGAAUCAGUGGCUAUAUAUCAUUACUUUAAAACCCCUUCAAAUGGAUGUACUAAUCCCAGAUUACCAAUUUAAAGCAGUCCGAGAAAUUAGCUAGAGCAUUGCUUUCCUUUAGCCAGUACUCUGUGCUUUAAGCCAGCUCCUCUCGUUCAAUGCCAAGCCAAACAUGUAGGCUAUGGCAUCAAAACAAUAUAAGAGUUGCCUACUGUCCUUCCAGUAUAGGACCCAGACGAACUUUCCUUGUCUUUCAUAUGUGUUUCACACUUGCUCUGUUUGAUACUAUUAACGUGACUUGUUGUGUCUGUAUCAGUGCCCCGUUCUCUAUGCCCUGGCAAGCUUAACCAGGGCCAUGUUUAUGUCCCAAACGGCACCCUAUUCCCUACAUAGUGCACUACUUUUGACCAGGGCCAAAAGUAAUGCACUGUAUAAAGAAUAGGGUGCCAUUUGGGACACAUUUGGGUCUGCCUGUCUAGUAACUACCCUCUCCCUCUCUGUCCUCUCUGCCAGGCCAAAACCCUGCGGAAGCUGAUUCAGCAGACGUUCAAACAAUUUGCCAACAUGAAUGAUGACCAGAGCAUCCUCAAGUUCCUGGAGAUUCUGGCGCCCGUCUACAGAUAUGAUAAGGAGUGUUUUAAAUGUGCUCUCGGGGUAGGCUGAAUUUCAAUAUAUUUUAUUUUGUUCUGUGUUUCAGAUAAAACAUAUAGCGUCAAGAUGCGCAUUUUUACAAAUCCCAAAGAAUGACACGUACUGAACACGUACUGAACACAACUGAAUGCGUUAUACUUGUUUUCUCAGUAAUUAUUUGAUAGUUAAGUGUGUUUUUCUUAGACAGUGGAGUAAUGCCUGGGAUAUAAUGGUUGUAUUUGGGUGGGUCUCAUCUGCAUCUCUGUAGUUUAAAUAAAAAUUACCAAGUUCAUAGGGACCCCUACUGGCCAUAAAGAAAACCACUGUUGUUUUUUGUUUACCAGCAAUGACAAGAGAUGGUAACAAUUAAUCUGGCAUUCCCUCAGAUCUACUUCAAACAAACAGUUGUAAAUGUUGUAGCAGAUGUGUUUUCAUGGUUAUGAGUUGUCACUUUGAAUCCGACAGACUGAACUCUCAACUUAAAUGUCAUUGUGUGUGUGUCGCUCUCUUCCUUUUGAUGAUUUGUGACUGAUCUGAAGACAAUUCUCAAGGCUUCUUUUUGUUUUUCUCUCGGCCUUCCUUUCCUCCUGACAGUUAAGCUGGGUCAUCCAAGUAGAGCUAGCCAUUGGACCUGAGGAGGGCAUUAGCUACCUUACAGACAAGGGUUCGACUGUGAGUUGGAAAUGUUCAUUUCAAUAUUUAUUGUGUUGUGUAUCCUUGUCCUGCAUCUCCACACAAACAAGCACAGCCAUUAUUACAGUUACAUGACUUAUAUAGUUUUGACUGAAACCAAAGACAUCAAACUUCUGAAAGAUAUUUAGGACAUAUGGUGUGGUUUUCCUCAAAGAAGAUCUGUCCAUCACUUAGCUGGAACCAUACACUACUUGUAACCUAGGGGCUGGUCUCUCUUCUAUCUCCUCACUAUACAAUAUUAUUUUGCCCUGAAAUAUUGGCAUGCAUGGACAGGGAUUUUCAAAGAGCAUUCCUGAUCAUUUUCAUGUUGUCCUCAGGGGCUGAGGUAAUGAAACACAGAUGUGUGUGUAAAAAUCAAUUUUGAGAAAUCUUCCCAAAAUGGCCCGAGGAUUUUUGUUGUUUUUACCAAUUAAACUGAGGGUAUCAGAUUUGAAAUGAAAUGUUUUCACUGAAAUAAUAGAUGGAUAACACAAAAUACAGCUUCCCGAGAAACACUGUGACCAUUCUAAAGUUAAAGGAAGUUCUACUUUACUUUAGGAAUCAUCGUCUGAAACGCUGUACAUUAACACAUUAAAGACAUAUUUUGCUACCUUGCUUGCAUUUGAUUAAUUGAUUGAUUCCUCCCCUCCAGCCAACACACCUGGCCAACUUCACCCAGGUGCAGAAUAUUGGGUACUCAGUAAUGGAGGACAAGGAGAGGAAGGGCAUGCUGCAGCUCAACGUGGCCGGUGCUGCCGAGGUACCAAUCAACCAUUUCAUAAUAACCCUUACACUACCAUGAGCUUGACUUUUACAUGAUGCAUUCAACAUGAGUAGAAGGUGCACACAUUGACAUAACCUUUGUGAAUAGUGCUAAUUUGACCUAAUAUAAGCUAACUUUUUUGCAGUCAAGUCCCCCCUCCCCCUCUCUGUAUGUACUCAUAUUGUGUUUUUAUUGAGCUUUUCCUUUCUGUCAAUAUCUGCUUUAAAUAUACUACUAUUGGAAGUGGAAGUAGCAUGUGAAACAUGGAUUUUUUGGGAUGGAUUUGUCAGCAGAACAGUGGACAUACAGUGGGGGAAAAAAGUAUUUAGUCAGCCACCAAUUGUGCAAGUUCUCCCACUUAAAAAGAUUAGAGAGGCCUGUAAUUUUCAUCACAGGUACACGUCAACUAUGACAGACAAAAUGAGAAAAAAAUAUCUAGAAAAUCACAUUGUAGGAUUUUUUAUGAAUUUAUUUGCAAAUAAGUAUUUGGUCAAUAACAAAAGUUUCUCAAUACUUUGUUAUAUACCCUUUGUUGGCAAUGACACAGGUCAAACGUUUUCUGUAAAUCUUCACAAGGUUUUCACACACUGUUGCUGGUAUUUUGGCCCAUUCCUCCAUGCAGAUCUCCUCUAGAGCAGUGAUGUUUUGGGGCUUUCGCUGGGCAACACGGACUUUCAACUCCCUCCAAAUAUGUUCUAUGGGGUUGAGAUCUGGAGACUGGCUAGGCCACUCCAGGACCUUGAAAUGCUUCUUACGAAGCCACUCCUUCGUUGCCCGGGCGGUGUGUUUGGGAUCAUUGUCAUGCUGAAAGACCCAGCCACGUUUCAUCUUCAAUGCCCUUGCUGAUGGAAGGAGGUUUUCACUCAAAAUCUCACGAUACAUGGCCCCAUUCAUUCUUUCCUUUACACGGAUCAGUCGUCCUGGUCCCUUUGCAGAAAAACAGCCCCAAAGCAUGAUGUUUCCACCCCCAUGCUUCACAGUAGGUAUGGUGUUCUUUGGAUGCAACUCAGCAUUCUUUGUCCUCCAAACACAACGAGUUGAGUUUUUACCCAAAAGUUAUAUUUUGGUUUCAUCUGACCAUAUGACAUUCUACCAAUCCUCUUCUGGAUCAUCCAAAUGCACUCUAGCAAACUUCUGGACAUGUACUGGCUUAAGCAGGGGGACACGUCUGGCACUGCAGAAUUUGAUUCCCUGGCGGCGUAGUGUGUUACUGAUGGUAGGCUUUGUUACUUUGGUCCCAGCUCUCUGCAGGUCAUUCACUAGGUCCCCCCGUGUGGUUCUGGGAUUUUUGCUCACCGUUCUUGUGAUCAUUUUGACCCCACGGGGUGAGAUCUUGCGUGGAGCCCCAGAUCGAGGGAGAUUAUCAGUGGUCUUGUAUGUCUUCCAUUUCCUAAUAAUUGCUCCCACAGUUGAUUUCUUCAAACCAAGCUGCUUACCUAUUGCAGAUUCAGUCUUCCCAGCCUGGUGCAGGUCUACAAUUUUGUUUCUGGUGUCCUUUGACAGCUCUUUGGUCUUGGCCAUAGUGGAGUUUGGAGUGUGACUGUUUGAGGUUGUGGACAGGUGUCUUUUAUACUGAUAACAAGUUCAAACAGGUGCCAUUAAUACAGGUAACGAGUGGAGGACAGAGGAGCCUCUUAAAGAAGAAGUUACAGGUCUGUGAGAACCAGAAAUCUUGCUUGUUUGUAGGUGACCAAAUACUUAUUUUCCACCAUAAUUUGCAAAUAAAUUCAUUAAAAAUCCUACAAUGUGAUUUUCAGGAUUUUUUUUUCUCAAUUUGUCUGUCAUAGUUGACGUGUACCUAUGAUGAAAAUUACAGGCCUCUCUCAUCUUUUUAAGUGGGAGAACUUGCACAAUUGGUGGCUGACUAAAUACUUUUUUCCCCCACUGUAAGUGUUCCAUUUACAAAUCGUUCCACAUAGAGGUCUUCCUUUUGGGGAUGACUUUUACUGUAACACACAUUCAUUCACUCUGGGGUCCUCCCUGUAUGAAUGGACCCUUUCAUUUGUGAUGGGCCGGCCAUAGACGUUAUUAUAGUAUUGGGUUACUACUCUGCCUGUCAGUCAGCGGGAGCGCAGGGCACAUGUCCCAAAUGGCACCCUAUUCCCUGUAUAGUGCACUACUUUUGACCAGAGCCCUAUGCGACCUAGACCAAAGUAUUUCACUAUAAGGGGAAUAGGGUGCCAUCUUGGACGCAAGCCAGGAGUAAGAUGUGGAGGGUGGUAAAGUGAGUAACACAGCCACAGUGCUAUACUGUAGUCAUAUGUUCAAUGUGGUAUUACUGUUGUUAUGAAUCAGCACAGGAAUAAGGAAGGAAGUUAUGUCAGGAAUACAUGGAAUUUGUGUGUGUCGUGUGUUAGUACACCAAAAAAAUUAUGCACGCAUGACUGUAAGUCGCUUUGGAUAAAAGCGUCUGCUAAAUGGCAUAUUAUUAUUAUUAUUUAUUAGUGAGCCUGUGUUCCUGAAUGUGUGUGUGCCCGUGUCUGUCUGCAGUGUGUGGGUGUGUGUGUGAGUGAGUGAGACAAAAGCGGAGUUCCCCCUACAGUAUUUGUGUGAUGGGAGGGGGCAGCUGGCAGCCCCAGGCAGAGCAGAACGGUUGUAACAGCCCUGUCUGUCUGUCUGUCUGUCUCUCUGCCCGUGCUGGUAAUAAUGACUCUUUGUGGGCUGCUGUUGCCUGUGUCCACAGCCUCUCACAGUGACCACACCAUCACUCACCACAGCUGAAAACAUGGCCGACCUCAUAGACGGCUACUGUCGCCUGGUCAACGGAACCACCCAGUCCUUCAUCAUACGGCCGCAGAAAGGUACGUCUUCCUCACAUACACGCACACUGUCUCAAAAACACACUAAGUGGUGUACUUUUAUGUUUGAUAGCUUGUGUUUGUGUUGAUUUUACGAGAUGGUUUUCAAGACAGACAAACACACUAUCUCAAAAAGAUAGUAGUUUACAUUUGAGUUUGAGUUUGUUUUGGUGCUGAUAUGGUUACGGUUUUGAAGAUUGUUUUACUGCCAUCACAGGUAAGACUCACACACUGUCUCAAAAAUAUACAUCAACUAAGAAGUAUAACUGUGGUUGAAGUUUGUUUGGGUUUAUGAGUGUUGACAUUACUAGGUUUUCAAGAUUGCGUUGCUGCAGUGACGGUCACAGAUUCACUCUGCCUUGGGUGAUGUUCUCAUUUGAGUCUAAAUGGUCUGCAUUGUAUUAGGUAAUCACCAUAACAGUAGACAGUAGUGUGAUUUUUUAACUCUUCUGUUUACAAGGUUUCCAGUUGUAGCUUGAUUUUUAACUCUUCUGUUUACAAGGUUUCCAGUUGUAGCUUGAUUUUUAACUCUUCUGUUUACAAGGUUUCCAGUUGUAGCUUGAUUUUUAACUCUUCUGUUUACAAGGUUUCCAGUUGUAGCUUGAUUUUUAACUCUUCUGUUUACAAGGUUUCCAGUUGUAGCUUGAUUUUUUAACUCUUCUGUUUACAAGGUUUCCAGUUGUAGCUUGAUUUUUAACUCUUCUGUUUACAAGGUUUCCAGUUGUAGCUUGAUUUUUAACUCUUCUGUUUACAAGGUUUCCAGUUGUAGCUUGAUUUUUAACUCUUCUGUUUACAAGGUUUCUAGUUGUAGCUUGAUUUUUAACUCUUCUGUUUACAAGGUUUCCAGUUGUAGCUUGAUUUUUAACUCUUCUGUUUACAAGGUUUCUAGUUGUAGCUUGAUUUGGAGUCAUGACUGCCCCUAUGUGUUUAGUAGUCGUUUUAAGUGAAUUCACUUUCAAUACCUUUAUCAGUCAGAUAGAGAUCUGGUAUUUUCAACAGAAAACAGUAAAGCAUUAGAGAACUGUUUUUUGGGAGGGGCGAGGGGUGUUAUUAAGCCUUGUUUGGAGUUGGAUUGUCUGCUUUUUCCUGUGUGGGAGGGAGGGGAGCAGGGGAACGGUUGAAACAGGCUACUCCUCUCCUGUGCUUGUGAUUUUCCCCUUAUUUGACAUUUUAGUAAUUUAGCAGUGCGACUUACAGUAGUGAGUGCAUGCAUUUUUCAUACUUUUUCGCAUUGGUUCCCCGUGGGAAUCGAACCCACAACCUUAGCAUUGCAAGCGCCAAUGCUCUACCAACUGAGCCACACGGGAACGCCACCACCCACACACCUCUUCCCUUUUAUUUGUUAUUUUUUUAAAGGGGUAGAUCAGCUUUAAAAUUGCAGAUAGAUUGUGGCUUACAUCAAUGUAAUUGUCUGCAUCAUUUCCAAUCCCCCAUAUAUUUUGGGGGGUAAAUAUAUGUAUAAAAUAUAAAUAUUUAUUUUUAUAUAUUUUCCUUCAUUAUUUUCCCCUAACCCUGCCACCCCUCCCCUAAUUGGAGUAAACUAAUGGACAACAACACUUAGACUUCUACUCCCAGCUUAUACAUACUAUAUACAUUUUACGGACACAGUAUAUUUUACAAUAGUUCUCUUUUGUUACUUUUAGUCCUUAAAUGAAAGUGGUAUACUUUUUUAUUUAUCACAAUUUUCUUUAGCCAAUUUUGGUCUUUAAUGCAGGGCCAACAGACAAGUUCCUUACUUUCUGCCCCUUCCACUUGCCUCUUCCUUGGUUAUAGAGAUAACACAGUCACUUGGAUUUUAGUAUUCUGGUAUUCAAAAUGCUUUACGGUAAAUGCUUUGCUUAAUAAUAUCUCUCAUCUGUAUUUUCAGAGGGAGAGAGAGCACUGCCGUCAAUCCCCAAGUAAGUAUCUGCCGUACACUAAAUGAUUUGUCAAUGGGGAUACUUUGAAUGUUCAUUCACGUAACAAUUCUAUAUGAUGGUGUUAACAUAAAGAGCUGUGUAAGAAAGAAACAAAGAAAGAAACAAGAAUGCUAAAAAACAUCUGCUCAGUAAAUCUAUUUGUAGGACCCCUAACGUCAGAGCUCUGUUAUCCAAUGACACCCAUUGUACAAUCCAUGCUAUAAUUACUGGAAAUUAGGUGCAGUAUGGCCUGUGUGAUUCAGGGAAAUCAAUUGACUAGUUAGAACUAGUGUUAGAGGGGUGUUUUCAACAAUCACACCUUCUCUCGCUCGCUCUCUCUCUCUCUCUCUCUGUCUUUAAAAAACCCACUCAAGACAGUUCUGGGGCAGAAUCCUGAUAAAUAGUUCUCUACAGUAGGAUUUUCUCAGAAUGUCUCCUCCCUAGUCCCCUCCUAUUGGUCCAGCACCUCCACACUAGAUCCUUCCAAGACUGUUCUGUUCUGUUAUUGGUUCAGCACCUCAACACUAGAUGCCUCCAAGAUGAACAGUGGCUCAGUGGAGGAGAAUGAUACUCAGAAAAUUGUGGAUGUUUUCCACAUAGCCCCAGAGAUUCUUUUCAGGAUUACGCUGGAUCCUCCUGGAGUUGCUGUGGACGCUGUUGAUUUACUUGCUGGUUUUAGGUUUGGGAAUUUCUCAUGUUGAUCCUCUCUGUCUCCAACCUUUACCCUUCAGGGUACCCAACAAUGAGAAGAGGAUAGUAGAGGGGGUGGUCCGGAGCGCCGGGGUGCGUGCCAUCUCUGUCUCAGGUAAGAGAUCAGUGCCUCCUCAACAUCUCUGACUGUCUUACUGUACUGUAUAUAGCUGGGCUAUUGAUGGAAGUCCAUAUAUGGGCGGCUGCUGGCGUGACGAUGAUCAUGCUUUUUUAUCAUAUGAUCCCAGUCAAGCUAAUUCCAGAUGCUUCCUGUCCAUUAAUCUGUAAAGCCACUAGAUUUAUUACAUAUUAGAUAUCUAAUACACAACCCAUCACAUAAAAUACCUUACUUGGAUGUGUGUGGGUAAAAGGGGUUUAUUGAUGCUCAAUGAUGGAUAAACAGGGAAUUAUACUUUAGCCAGUUAUGAAUGCUGGGCAGAAUUGAUAUGAUUUAGGCCUAGUCUCUGUCAGCUCUAGUCUUUCUUGUUGAUCCCAAGAUAUAGAUGGUUAGUGCAAUCACAGGACGUGUUAAGCCUUCUCCACCGAUUAUUUCUGUAAGAGCAAGAACAGAUGCCGGGCGUGUGUGUGGUGGUAACAGGAAAUCGAUUCAGCAUGAUAAGUAAUGGUGGAGCUCAGUAAUUCGGGGCUGAAGGGCUAUAACACCAUGGCAGAUAAUAAAUGUCAUCUGCUGAGACAAACGGUCCAGAGCCAGGUUAGAUUUAACUGUGUCCCAAAUGGCACCAUAUUCCCUACGUAGUAGUACACUAUGUAGGGAAUAUGGUGCCAUUUGGGAUGCAGACUUAACAUGCCUGUGGAUUAGCAAGUGGCAGGGGCAGUCAGUGCUAAGGAGAUGGGGAGGACAGGAGAGGGUUGGCAGGGUGAGGAGGUUAACGGGGGCAGCAGGUGCCAAGGCCUGCAGCUGGAGUGGCCCAUGCAAACACAACCCCCCCAAAAAUGCAUGGUUAGCCAUCUCUGGGCCCCAGAGGGAUGUGUGCCUGAACCUCUUGAUUCACUGCUCUCCCCACCACGAUCCAUAUAGAAUCUGAAGCCAUGUUUCUGGGUGGAACUACAAUUAGGAGUUUGGUAAUAGUAUGGAUAAUGCUAUGGUUAGGGUCAGAAAUGAAGUUAAAGGUAUUGUUGUGGUAGAGUAUAGCCUGUCUUAGGACUCAGGAGCAGUUGGGUCCACACUUUAGCUAGAGUUACACAUCAGACCAGGAGCAUGACUGUCAUGUCCAUUGUGUUACACAGCUCUCCUUCACUCUGUCUCUCUCUCCUUCUCUCUAUCUCUUUCUCUCUCUAUCCCCCUCUCUCCCCCAGUCUAUUUCUAUCUCACCCUCUCCCUCUAUCCCUCUAUCUCUCUUUCUCUCUCUCUCUCUCUCUUCCCUGGUCUAUUUCUAUCUCUCUCCCCCCUCUCCCUCCCCCUCUGCCUCUCUCUCUCUUCCCAAGUCUAUUUCCAUCUCUCUCUCCCUCCCUAUCUCUCUCCCCCCUCUCCCUCUCCCUCUCCCUCCUCUCCCUCUCCCUCUAUUCCUCUAUCCCUCUCUCUCUUCCCCAGUCUAUCUAUCUCCCUCCCCAUCUCUCUCUCCCCCCUCUCCCUCCCCCUCCAUCCCUCUGCCUCUCUCUCUCUUCCCAAGUCUAUUUCCAUCUCUCUCCCCCUCCCUAUCUCUCUCCCCCCUCUCUCUCCCUCCCCCUCCCCCUCCAUCCCUCUGCCCCUCUCUCUCUUCCCCAGUCUAUUUCUAUCUAUAUCUCCUAAAUGUCAGAGGACUGUGAUGGAACUGCUGAAUGUUAAUAGCCUGGGGGCUCCAGUGACAGACAGAUUAAGGCCUGAUUGAAGGGGUUGGCCAUAGCCCUGUUAACUGACCAGAGGUUAGAGGUUAGGGGAGUAGAGAGUCAGACAGUAUGGUAUCAAAGAGAUGCUUGUGUACUAUGCUGCUGAGAGUGGAGAGCCUGGGACUGAGGUUGGGAGGAUCAGAGGUUGUCAUAGGGUGUCAUUAAAUGUAAUUAAAGUGUCAUAGGGUGUCAUUCAAGUGUAAUAGGGUGUCAUUAAGUGUCAAAGGGUGUCAUUGGGUGUCAUAUGGUGUCAUUGAGUGUCAUAAGGUUUCAAUAAAUGUCAUAAGGUUUCAGUACAUGUCAUAGGGUGUUAGUGUCACAGGGUAUCUAAAUGUUCCUCAGCUCUCAAGGAGAAGGUGAAUCCUAUUGUAUGUAUGGGAGUCCUUCAUAGGGAACUAUUAUUUGAUUUUAGCUACACAGUGAUAUGAAGGUUGAGAGGUGUUGUAUUCACAGAUAGUAUAUACCACAUAUAUGGUUUAGAGGUUACUGGUGUGUUUCAAACAAUAUGGUUUGAUGAUUUUGGAGCAUAUUCUCACAGUAGGCCUAUUUAACACUUGUUUAAAUUAGUUUCUUGAAACAAACCACGGGAUAGGUCUACUCUGUACCACUAUCAGUAAAUAAUAGUAAUACUGGUAGUUUCAGUUGCACUGUCAGACCGUAGGAUAUUUGAUAGUGUUGUUGUUUUUUGUGUGAAUAUGUUUCAGCAAUUUAUUCAGACAGUUAGGAAGAUCAGAGGGGGAGACAGGCAAGUGGAAGAAACCGUGAGAAAGGUGGGGAUCGAACCACGGUGUCCGGUGGGGAGUUGUAUAUGUGACUUAUGCCGAGAAGUGUUACAACGACACCACAGCUCUGCACUUGAUAGUGUUUUUGAUAUGUGGCUGAAACCUCCAGUGACGAUACAUGAAGUGUUAGCGGUAUAUUUUCUGAGACGGUCAGAGUUCCAUGUUUACACCAGUUCUCCCUGAUACCAUCCAUCAAUGCCAUUUCUCAGAAAGAGGUCAGAGAGAAAGUCCCUUAGGGACUGCAGCAGCUUGCUGCUCACACAAAUCCAAUAUAUUUAACUGAAUUCAUUCCAUAUGUGUCAACGUACAGUUGUACCCAAGACCUUUUGUAGAAGUGGAAAUCAAUUCCUUAGCCCUGGCUGCCAUAUCAGGUAUAGAAUAGUGAAGGACCUAUUACUAAACUGUUGAUUGAAAUGCAGAAUUGCCAUAAUUUGAGUGAGGCUAGAAGCUCUCCUGUCGGCUUUGACUUCCCUGUUGGUUGGUAAAGGAAAGAAGAGAUUUAUUCAUAUUAUUAUUGACAGAUUUCAUGUAGUUUCAUAACAGACAUGCCAUGACAGAGUGGUAACGAUUUCUGAGGUGUAAAUGGAUAGGUACCAUUUUCUCUGUAAUAUGGGAAAAGCUUCGGACGCCAUCACACCAACAUUCAUCACUCCUUAACAUAUACACAAAUGCUGUCUGCUGCUCAAUGUUUUUCUGUGGUGUAGGGUGAAGUUUUGCCUAGAUGCUAAUCUUGGGUCAGUUUUGCAUUUUCCCCACUAAUGGUAAAUGUUAGGAUUGUGGGAGGGGAAGCUGAUUCUAGAUCUGUCCCUAGGAGAAACUUCACCCCAGAGCUGUUUCUGUCAGAAGAACUAUUAGUCUCUUUUUCUCACCAUCUCUCCCGCUCUCUCAUCCCUCUCUCUGAUUGGCUGAAGACUCUGUGAACUCUGUGACCCCGACGCCUCCUAAACCUGCUAAAGCCAGGCGCUUUCUCCUUCCUUUUGUCUUCUGUGCCCAUGACUCUCCGCCAAAGGGUACCACUGCUCUGAUUGGCUGAUUCGACUGACUCUGCUUUCUGUUUUGCUCUGACUAACCGUGUCUGCCCCACUAAGUCCCCAAAUCUCCAACACACACACACAACAAGUGUGUAGGGGAUUUAGGGGAACUGGGGUGAUGAAACUUUAGCUGAACUAAAGUUCUGGUGUGAAGUGCACAAAACUCUCACAAAAUGACUGACAAAGCAACACAUACAAUGGCCAAACAGAACUAGCCUGGCGGGUAAAAGUUUGAGAAACUGUGAAAAAAAGGAACAUCUCUACUCAAUGACAUUAAGUACAUCUCAUUGCUCAUGCCCUAUCCCUGACGUGUCUGAGAAUAAAACAAAUUGAAACUGUUCCAGCUUUCCAAGACAGCGAGAUCAAAUUAAGUCCCCAUUUUAUUUUCUGGGAAGCGUGUUGUCUGCUGAUUGUAGUCGAGCCAUGGCCCGCAAAUCAACAGGGUCCCAAAUGGUACCCUAUUCCCUAUAUAGUGCACUACCUUUGACCAAAGCCCAUAGGGCUCAGGUCAAAAGUAGUUCACUAUAUAGGGAAUAGGGUGCAAUUUGGGACGUAUGUAGAGCCUGACGGGGCUGUAUCUUGGCUGAUCUGGUUGGUCCCUUGGUUUUAAUGUUUCUGGUUGGUCCACAGCCAGGUUCAAGAUGCUGUAAGCCUGUAAGGUCACAUCAGACCAACAGACUCUUAAAGAUGAAACACCCUUUAAUAGCUGUACAUCUAAUUUAACAACCAUCUGUUUAUAUUGCUAGAAUUACACUGAUGAUUUAUAUGUCGCUAUCAUUUUAGAUUGAUUUUGCCGAACUGAGUUUAUGCCCUUGAACAAGGAUGAUGACAAAGUUAACCAACACUGGCUUCUGGACAUGUGACUUCUGUCCCGCCUGAUGGCUAGCUUCAUAUUGGCCCACGCACCUGUCUCAGCAGUUUAACAGCUUCCUAUUGGCUCACGUUCCUGUCCGUCACAGUGGCUCAUGCUAAGAAUAGCCAAUGAACUCCACUGACCCCCUUCCGAACAAUGCUGGCUGAAGUUCACUACUCUGGCCAUCCCCUCAACCAAACUGAAUCAGGUUCCACACAUUCCAACGACAGACUAAUUUAAUUUCAAGUAGAAGCUUAGAAAAUAAAAUACUUUUCCACUGGUACUGAAUAAAAGCAUGGAUUGGAUACACUUUUGAAAUGCCCAGUCCCUGCUUGUUUUGAGAGAGUGUGGGGUGUCAUGGUAACAAUUAUUAAACCCAUUUUCAAUGAAUUAUACUGUCUUUUAUACUUUUCAUAUCUUUCUAUGGUGUGUAACCUCCCCCUUUCUCCCUCCCCCUCUCUCUCUCUCUCUCAUUCUCUCCGUUUUGCAUGCUCUCCUUGGACCUGCAGAGGAUUGUAGUGGGGAUGGUAAAGUUUGCCGUUUAAUAUUUCCCUCCAUUCCUUCCUGUCACCUGCUACUAACUCACUGGGGUCAUGAGGGAUUCUGGGGGUUGUGGUUUGUGUUGUGUGUGUAUCACUCAUGAAUCAUAUCAAUCAAAUGAAUCAUGAAUCAAAUUAAAUGAAUCAGUUUUUAUCUAUCUGCUUGUAGAGGUUUGUCAUUAGUAAUGCACUAAUCAUGCAAUAGACAUGAUUGGAGUUAGGGAACCAAUGUAACGGUUAACAACGUCUCUAGAAAAUGUGCUGAAAUCUGUCUUAAAAUCUGUCUUAGCUGCAGUGCUUCUCAGUGAUUCGAAUCGAUUCAGUUUGAUUGAGCCUGUCUGGAGUGCCAAAUUGACAGUUUGCACUUUUGGGACUAUUCCAUUGGUUCCACGGUACCAGACAAAGCUCAAUCAAGCACAGUUUAAAGGAUUUGAAAUAAAACAAAUACUAUUUGGACCCAGGUCUGGUCUGUCCCACGCUCUGGAACCGUAUUCACAGAGCGUCUCAGAGUAGGAUCAGUUGUGCCUUUUUCUUUUAACAUAAUGAAUAAGAUUAGAUGGGGGGGGCUCCUACUCUGAGUGGCUUUUUGAAUACGUGCCCUGCUGUCUGCCUGCGUCUUUAAGGGCCCAGCUCCCAGCUCAGCCUCAUAAAGAGAGCUGAGUUUGGCGAACUCCGUGGCACCGCGGCAUUCCUGUCUAAAACGGGCCGCCUGAUGGCUAGCUACACACUACACAGAGUCUGCUGGUUGUUUUUCCCUAAGAGGAACAGCAGCCAAGACGGCACAGAUAGUGAAUUACCAUUUUAGAUCAAGCCAAGAUUGGACAGCAAGCGGCCGUUCACAUACUGUAAACACCUAAAUCUGUUUAUCUAGGGGACUGGGGACGGCUUCUCUCUCUCUCGCUCUCUCUUGCUCUCUCUCUCUCGCUCUCUCUCUCUCUCUCUCUCUCUCUCUCUCUCUCUCUCUCUCUCGCUCUCGCUCUCUCUUGCUCUCUCUCUCUCUCUCUCUCUCUCUCGCUCUCUCUAUCUUUCUCUCUCUGUCUCUCUCUCUCUCUCUCAAUUCAAUUUAAGGGCUUUAUUGGCAUUGGCUCUCUCUCUCUCUCUUUCUCUCUCUCUCUCUUUCUCUCUCUCUCUCUCUCUCUCUCUCUCUCUCUCUCUCUCUCUCUCUCUCUCUCUCUCUCUCUCCUUAAAAAAAAUAGGGAAUAACUGGUUCUAUCCGUCCCUCGUCUCCGCAUCCCCUCCCCUCGUCUUUCCCCAUUACCCAGAAGCCCAUCUGUACUGCUAAGCUCUGAUUAGACAGACCGACAGAGCAGACAGAUAUGUGCAACACACGAGCGGCUGAAACUGUGCGAGUUGGGAACGCAAAUGCUUGUGUUUCUGUGUUUACUGUAUGAGAGUGUGUGUAGACGAGAGAGAGAGAGAGAGAGAGAGAGCGAGAGAGAGCGCGUGUGUCUCGCCCUGUGUCCGGCAGUGUAGGAGUUUGCCGAGGAGCACUUGCUGUCUGACUCGCAUGUUUAUUUUCAGCUGGCUCUAGUUACUUGUGUGGAAGGGUACGUGUCUAGCUAGCUGCAUCUGUGUGUAUCCGUCUCGGACGGUGUGAGUGUGACUGGACUUGACCAGUAGACUGACCACGAGGCUGUUGUGUUUCUGCAGAGACGGACGACUAUGCUGAGAUUAUAGACGAAGACGAUACCUACACCAUGCCCUCAAGUAAGUGCAGCUCUAUGCUCCCUAGUAGUAAUACAGUAUGUUGAUCUUAAUGUGUUCCCUGCUAAUAUGUUGGCCAGACUGUCUCGAGGGAUACAGUCCAGAUGUUUUUUCUCCAUCUCUCUCCCUCUUUUACUUUCUCUCUUGAUCUCCUCUUUCUAUCUCUCUCUCUCUCUUUAUCUCUCUCUCUCGUUCUUUCUCUUCGUCCUUCUCUCUAUCCAAAUUGAACGUGGCCCGGGUGCUGUAUGGUGAUCUGUUUUCUCAGGCGUGUUUAUUGGUGACGUUAGUUUCUACUUCCCAAAUACCCGACACGCUGCCUGUGUGUGUCCUUUAUCAAAACGUUACUAGAUUGUCUGGUACACUCAAUGUUUGGUUGUCAUGGUGACAGUGUAAGACUAUACACAUACUGUAAUAUGUAUACUUUAACAUGUGAGGAAUGGGACAGGCACAUAUUCAUAUUGAUGAUCUUUAAUUUCCCAGGACUGCCUAUAGUCCUUGCCUCAAUUCCAUUCAUUUAUAUUCCUGCUGUCAUGAUGCUGUCCAAAUCGGAUACUAAUUCUGUUCCAUUAUGAUUUACUGAUAGUCCAAGAAAAUAUCCAUGGAACGCUUAGUAAUACAUCAUCAGUGAAAUCCUAAUACCUGUCACAAAUGUUCAUUAUCAUUAUAUGGAAUAGUCAUGUUAGUGAGUAGUCAUCAGGACUGAAAGAGACAGGUGCCCUUUGAGUGUACUGGAGCAAAAUAAUGAGUUAGUAAUAGAAUUAUAAUCACUAGAAUGGACAAAGCACCUUAGACCAUGGUACACCCAUAGCUGCCAGCCCACCCACCACGGAUCAUUGACUUUAAUGGUAAUUUCCAUUCUAGUAAUUGUAAUUCCAUGUCUCCAGUAACCUCAGGCCUUUCUUUGGUGGCCAUGAUGCCAGGUCUCGUGGGAUCAUAUGAGUCUGGAACACGAUAGCCCCUGCAGUGGUGUAGGGUACGUCACAAAUGGCACCCUAUUCCCUAUAUAGUGCACUAGUUUUGGUCCUGGUCAAAGUAGUGCACUAUAUCGGGAAUAGGGUGCCAUUUGUGACACAGCCAUAGAGUGCAGCUAAUUCACCAGGUUGUGGAGUGGUCUGGGCCAGCUGACUAAUAAGACAGUCUGGUCUGUGAAAGAAAAAGUUCCUCUGUAACAAGGAGCUCUGUAUAUGGAGACGGAGGAGUCCCAUCGCAUGCUUACACUCGAGACCAGAGCUCUCUCCAUCCAGUCAUCCAUCCAGCAUCUGUAGGUUUCUUCAUACCACAUGGGGAUUUGAGUCCCACCGAGUCCCACUGGGUCUAUACCCAAGAAAUAGUUUUGAGUCCCAAAUGGCACCCUAUUCCCUGGUUAGUACACUACUUCUGACCAGGGCCAAUAGGAAUUAGAAUAGGGUGCCAUCUGAGGCAGCCUUAGAUAACACAUUAUCCAUUUAUAGAUGAUCAAGUUUUGACAUACAAAAGCUUCAACAUGUGUAAGGAGAUAUCUAAUGUAACACGUGUAGCUUUCUAGCACAUAUUCUUGUUCUACAGGAUAACCUGUUUUUCCCCAUUGACACCUAGCUUUGUGCACUCAGAAGUUGGUUAUUUUAAAGCCACAUAACAUCUAUUCCCCUUCGUCUUACUUUCUUCUGUGUGUGUUUGUCCUGUUCUGUUGCGAAUGGUUUCUAAAAGCCACCUCUCUUUAUCCUAACCGCCCAGCAGUGAGCUAUGGAGUAGACGAAGGUAACGCUGCCUCUCUCGAUCUGUUUGUCUCUCUGUUUUUUAUGUCUGUAAUUGUUCUUGUGUACUGUACUAGAACGGCUCAUUCAACUCUUCUACUGGAGGUAUUUCAUAAGUUUAGUAACCUACUGGUCAUCUUAAAAUCAAUUCAAUUCCCUCUAAAAUCAAAGUUUGCCAGACUUUUCAGAUUCAUCCAUAUGCCUCCAUCCCAAAUGGAUAGGAAUUGUUUCAUUUCAUCAGCUUAGAGGGAACUGGUAUUUUUCAAUCCAUUCAAACCCUUGAAAAACGUUGAAUUUGAAGUGAACUAUCACUUUAAUACUGUUUGCUGAACCCAAGUAAAAUAUCUCGCUAGCUGUGAGAUGAAGCAAUCUCAUCCAUUCAGUACCAGAGUUGAAAGCGUCUUCAAUAGUGAUUGUUCAAUUGGCUUAUUUAUUUAUUUUUCAUGUUGAUGUGUUUCUUCCUUGGUUUUUCUUUAAUUUCACCAUUGCUUGAAUGUUUUGUUGUGAUAUUCCAUUUAUAAUUUUUUUGUUAUGUGUCUGUCUGAAGAGAAAUUGUGCAUUCAUCUUAAUUGGAUAAGAGGGUCUGGUAAAUUACUAAAAUGGAUACAGUCCAUCAAACCAAAGUGGUAGCCUGUUGUAAUUUCAAAUGCACAGGGAGGAACCAAAUAUAUUGAGGACUAUGUCUGUUGACAUCACCACAGCCUGAUCAUUUUCUGUUGCAGUGUGUAUGUCAUUGCCUGGUGGUGGGUGUGAAUUGCCUUAUACAGAUAUAUACAGUAUUUCAUACAGUAUUACCGUCUACUGCAGUGAAAAUACAGCCAAGGCUUCUUGCUGUUAUUAUUAACAACCAAAAAAGGCCUCAUCAACACACACACACACAGAUCAGCUUAUUGGUGAGUCAUUUUCCCUGUAAGAGUCAGUGUAACUAACAGGAGUUAUCUCUCCCUCCCCAGCCAGGGACUAUGAGAGUCAGUGUAACUAACAGGAGUUAUCUCUCCCUCCCCAGCCAGGGACUAUGAGAGUCAGUGUAACUAACAGGAGUUAUCUCUCCCUCCCCAGCCAGGGACUAUGAGAGUCAGUGUAACUAACAGGAGUUAUCUCUCCCUCCCCAGCCAGGGACUAUAAGAGUCAGUGAAACUAACAGGAGUUAUCUCUCCCUCCCCAGCCAGGGACUAUAAGAGUCAGUGUAACUAACAGGAGUUAUCUAUCCCUCCCCAGCCAGGGACUAUGAGAGUCAGUGUAACUAACAGGAGUUAUCUCUCCCUCCCCAGCCAGGGACUAUAAGAGUCAGUGUAACUAACAGGAGUUAUCUCUCCCUCCCCAGCCAGGGACUAUAAGAGUCAGUGUAACUAACAGGAGUUAUCUAUCCCUCCCCAGCCAGGGACUAUGAGAGUCAGUGUAACUAACAGGAGUUAUCUAUCCCUCCCCAGCCAGGGACUAUAAGAGUCAGUGUAACUAACAGGAGUUAUCUAUCCCUCCCCAGCCAGGGACUAUGAGAGUCAGUGUAACUAACAGGAGUUAUCUCUCCCUCCCCAGCCAGGGACUAUGAGAGUCAGUGGAACUAACAGGAGUUAUCUCUCCCUCCCCAGCCAGGGACUAUGAGAUCCAGAGAGACAGGAUAGAGCUGGGACGCUGCAUCGGAGAGGGACAGUUUGGAGACGUCCACCAGGGAGUCUACAACAGCCCGGUAAAUAGUACUGCAACUGUCUGGCUAAAUGCAGCCAAAGCAUCUCCCCUAUCACCCUCAGUCCUCACGUGUUCCUUUCAAUUCUGUUUAGGUUACUGUCUACCUAAACACAUCUGGCCUCUUAUUUAUGGUCAAAAUUGUCAUGAUAUUGUCCACUACCAGUAAUGCACACAAACUAAUCCAAUAUUUUCUCAAAUUUCUCUUACAGGAGAAUCCCACUCUAAACGUGGCCAUUAAAACAUGCAAGAACUGCACGUCGGACAGCGUGCGCGAGAAGUUCCUUCAGGAAGCACGUGAGUGUGCUCAGAUGUUGUGCUGCGUCACUGUAAUGGGCCUGAUGAUGACUGCAGCUGCUGCUGGUUGCCAUGUACACACACACGCUGCCUGAUGGUAGUCUCAGGUUGCUUUGCUCAUUGGGUUUACACGGUUCACAGACUGUUGAGGGAGUGCACUAAGUAGAGAAUAGGAUGCCAUUUGACUGUACCGUUCGUUACCCCCUGUAUAUAGCCUCGCUACUGUUAUUUUACUGUUAUUUUACUGCUUUUAUUUUGUACUUAUCUAUUGUUUACUUAACACUUAUUUUUCUUAAAACUGCAUUGUUGGUUAAGGGCUUGUAAGUAAGCAUUUCACUGUAAGGUGACCUGUUGUAUUCGGCGCAUGUGACAAAUAACAUUUUAUUUUAUUUUAUUUGGGACUCAACUAUUGACAGUGUUUGAACAGAGGCGUUUGAGCCCCCAUGUGUUAGACCUAUCCCAGGGAGCCUUUUCUCUCUUUUCUCUUUAGUUCUAAACUGUUCUGUGAAAUCCUCACACCCCAUUGAUGUGUGUGUUCCUCAGUGACCAUGCGUCAGUUCGACCACCCCCACAUAGUGAAGCUAAUCGGUGUGAUCACAGAAAACCCAGUGUGGAUCAUCAUGGAGCUGUGCACGAUGGGAGAGGUGAGGCGACCUGGAGGUUAGGUUGGCACUGAGCCAUUCAAACACAAAGUAUGUUUGGAUCAAUACCUACAGUAUGUAUUGCAAAGGUGUUAUUGGAGUUCUUGUCAUUCUUGUAAUAAAUGGGAGAACACAGAACGCAAGAACACAUUUGGAAACGGGGCCAAAGUGUCCUCUAUCAUUCCUGCUGUCAUCCCUCUAUCUCUGUCAAAACACUCUAUCAUUCCUGCUGUCAUCCCUCUAUCUCUGUCAAAACACUAUAAUUCCUGCUGUCAUCCCUCUAUCUCUGUCAAAACACUAUAAUUCCUGCUGCCAUCCCUCUAUCUCUGUCAAAACACUAUAAUUCCUGCUGCCAUCCCUCUAUCUCUGUCAAAACACUAUCAUUCCUACUGUCAUCCCUCUAUCUCUGUCAAAACACUAUAAUUCCUGCUGUCAUCCCUCUAUCUCUGUCAAAACACUAUAAUUCCUGCUGCCAUCCCUCUAUCUCUGUCAAAACACUAUAAUUCCUGCUGCCAUCCCUCUAUCUCUGUCAAAACACUAUCAUUCCUACUGUCAUCCCUCUAUCUCUGUCAAAACACUAUCAUUCCUGCUGUCAUCCCUAUAUUUCUGUCAAAACACUAUCAUUCCUGCUGUCAUCCCUCUAUCUCUGUCAAAACACUAUCAUUCCUGCUGUCAUCCCUCUAUCUCUGUCAAAACACUAUCAUUCCUGCUGUCAUCCCUCUACCACUGUCAUAACAAAGAGGAUAUCUUGUAUCUUAUCGAUGUUUUCAUCUCUUCCAGUUGAGGUCCUUUUUACAAGUAAGGAAGUACAACCUGGACCUGUCAACGUUGAUCCUGUUCUCCCACCAGCUCAGCACAGCCUUGGCCUACCUGGAGAGCAAACGCUUUGUUCAUAGGUAAGACCAUGACCCACUUUAACAGCCGUUAUUUAGGUUUACAGAGACAAUAUAAAAUGACGUUUUUGACACUUUCUAAUAUAUUUUUUGGUGCCAGGCUGUCAAAAUCCUCAGGUUUUCCAGGAUUCCUACUCAUUGUGUAUAUGUAUGCGUGUAUCUCCUCAGGGACAUUGCUGCCAGGAAUGUGCUAGUGUCUUCCACAGACUGUGUGAUGCUGGGAGACUUUGGCCUCUCCCGCUACAUGGAGGACAGCUCCUACUACAAAGGUACAAACCAUAGAGAGAGAUAGAGGAUUCUAGUGCCUAAAAGCCUGUUUUAGCAUGGGCAGUGCCAUAAUGGGUCAGAUACAAUGAUGCAAUGUCUAUCUAAGUCUAUGGUACAAAUGUACGGGAUUCCAGGCUGAUAUUUUACCACCAUCUGGUGGUUGUGAAAGGUAUUGCAGGCUGAAGUUUCCCCUUGGUACAAAUCUAGGAUCAGCUUCUCCUCCACCAAUCCUAACCUUAACCAUUAGUGUGGGAAAUGCAAAACUGACCCAAGAUCAGCGUCUAGGGGAAACUUCACCCUACUCCAAAUGUUGAUGCUUGUAAGCGCUUACAACUGAUCAGACUAACACAACAACAACAUGGAACAAAAUAGGGUACAUAUGAUGAAAUCACUUGUAGAUGAGUUGAUGCAUUUGACUGUCUCUAUUGCUCAACUGGUUUUUCAGCUUCCAAAGGGAAACUGCCAAUCAAAUGGAUGGCUCCAGAGUCCAUCAACUUCAGACGCUUUACCUCAGCCAGCGAUGUGUGGAUGUUUGGUGAGUUUGGCAGCUACAAAUAACGCUCAUCUAGCGAUCAACUCGUGUGUGUGUGUGUGUGUGUGUGUGUGUGUGUGUGUGUGUGUGUGUGUGUGUGCGUGCGUGUGUAUGCGCGUGCGUCUGUAUGUGUUUGUUUCUGUCUGUCUGUGGUGUUAUAUCUAGAGCCUGUCCUAACAGUCUUUCCCCUCCCCUCCAGGUGUGUGUAUGUGGGAAAUCCUCAUGUACGGUAUCAAGCCCUUCCAGGGGGUAAAGAACAAUGAUGUCAUCGGGCGGAUAGAGAACGGAGAGCGUCUGGCCAUGCCCCACAACUGUCCCCCCACCCUUUACAGCCUGAUGACCAAGUGCUGGGCCUACGACCCCAGCAAGAGACCCCGCUUCACAGAGCUCAAAACCCAGCUCAGGUCAGUAACCCUGAGGGGAGAAGUUCAGGUCAUGCCAGUGUUCUUUUACAUACGUUUUCCCUCCUUUAUAACUCUGGAAGAAUGAUGUUCAACAUUGCUACUCAAGAGGUCACUGUUUCAUGUAUUAAAGUAUAGGACACUUCAGUAAAGUUUGGAAACAGUGUGGUCUCAGCUACUUAAGUUGUAGUCCACAUAAGAGGCAACAGGUUGAUGCCAUAUUCCCAAUAGAGACUAUCAAUUAUCAGCACACAAUGCACUUCAAUGGUCUAUCUAUAUCAGUCAAAUCCAUGGUAGCUGGAUAAAGUGUGAUGUAUGUAGUAUAUAUUUUAGUCUAACUGAAGCAAAGCCACAGGAGAUGGUGUGUGUGGGUAAAUUACUGUGGGUAGUCCUCGACUGCGUCCCAAAUGGCACCCUAUUCCCUAUAUAGCGCACUACUUUUGACCGGAGCCCUAUGGUCCCAUUUGGGAUGCAGCCCUUGUGUGGUGGAUUUAUUGCCUACGCAUCCCAUGGGCCAUUUGCCUUAGUAGGUAAAAAUGUCUGUCUGUCCAUAGAUAAAGCCCUAAAGGAUGUGAGCCACUCUCUUUCCUGUUAACUUUAGACUCACUGAACUGUGACUCAUGUGUCCCUACUAGAUAAUAGUUCCCAUGCCAUUGGACCCAUAUUCAGCACAGUCCCCACAGCCCUAUGUUGAGCAGUGGGUAUGUUUUGGGAGAGACAGAGGUAGAGGACUAUGUGGUUGGUUGUCUGUAGGGAAAGGGGAUACCUAGUCAGUAGCACAACAGAAUGCAUUCAACCGAAAUGUGUCUUCCGCAUUUAACUCAACCCCUCUGAAUCAGAGAGGUGCAGUGGGAUGCCUUAAUCCACGGCGCCUGGGGAGCAGUUGUUGGGGUUUAAAUGCCUUUGCUCAAGGGCAGAACGGCAGAUUUUUCCACCUUGCCGGCUCAGGGAUUCGAUAUCAGCAGCCUUUCGGUUACUGGCCCAACGCUCUUAAACCGCUAAGCUACCAGUAUCCAAAGUCUUUGCUGUGUUUGGGUGAUAGUUACCCUGUCACUGGAUUUAUUGCACUGUACGAAGAAGGGUCUGACGUGUGUGUGCAGGUUGUGUGUGUGUGCGCGUGUGUGUGCUGGUUGCGUGUGUGCUGGUUGCGUGUGUGUGUGCGUGUGUGCUGGUUGCGUCUGUGCUGGUUGCGUGUGUGUGUGCGUCUGUGUGAGCCAUCAUGAGUGUGACUGUUCAUGCUCCAUUUUGAGCUCUUGGGUACAGUGUGUGAACAGCCCAUUGUCUCUAGUCUAGCCCAUAGUAACGCACAGCCUUAGAUCCAUAAUGCACCGGGAGAGAAAGGAAACACAGGGCAGCAGAGAUUCCAGUGAGCACCCGUCAAGGCUCCUGGGAUACCCACUUUGUCUGUUGCGGUUUUUGACCAAUUAAGGGCCAAAGAGUAAGCUACACCAAGUUUUACUACCACUGUGAAGGCAUUCAUAGUGUGUCUUAAGGACAGCACUUCCUUACGAUCGCCUCUCCUCUAGCCAAACCCUGGGACGCAUUCAUUAGGCACCAAACGGAAGAAAACUGAGUGAAACAGGGACAGACUACCUGAACUUGUCCAAAAAGAAACACUGUUUUUUGCAUUACGUUGUGAAACGUUUUGCUAUGUUGUGCCGUAAUGAAUACGACCCUGAUAUUUAGUUCCACAGCGUCAUACUUCCCAGUCAGUCCAGUCCAGUGGCGGCUGGCUGAUAAGCUGUCUGGCCGGGGGCCAACCACAACAGGCUGUCCAAGGCAGAGGGAGGAAGGAGAGGGAAGCUAGGGGAGGUGGAGGGGUUGAGCUGGAGCUAGCUGGCUCUGAUAAAGAGAGUUUAGCAAAACAGUACAGGAUUUACCAGGCUGCUGCUAGACUCUCACACACCUCCGCUGCAGGCUGGGGAUGUGACCAGGGAGCUGAUGGUUCAUCUGUGUUCUGGUGUGUUUGGAUGGGCUCUCAGAGGCAUAAACCUUGGGGGAUGAGCGUUUUCCUGUAAGCUAAAUUGGAUGUAGGAUCGAAUGAUGGAUGAUCGGAUGAUGACAUUAAUGGAUUCAUGGAUGGAUUUGGGAACCUGGCAACGGAUACAGAUAAUCAAUUUGCCCAACAAACAAACAAAAUCACAUCUGCAAUGCAGCUCGUCUGUGAUAGGAACAUGAUUGUAUUUCAGGCUACAGUAAUUUAGAUGAUUUUGUUGAAAUGUUCAGUCUUUUUUAUAAAUGUUAAGUGUGCUAAACUGUUGUGUGUGUGUGUUCCCUGUAGUUAGCUGUGUAUGCUAACCUGUUGUGUGUGUGUGUGUUCCCUGCAGUUAGCUGUGUAUGCUAACCUGUUUGUUGUGUGUAUGUGUGUUCCCUGCAGUUAGCUGUGUAUGCUAACCUGUUGUGUGUGUGUGUGUGUUCCCUGCAGUUAGCUGUGUAUGCUAACCUGUUGUGUGUGUGUGUGUGUUCCCUGCAGUUAGCUGUGUAUGCUAACCUGUUGUGUGUAUGUGUGUUCCCUGCAGUUAGCUGUGUAUGCUAACCUGUUUGUUGUGUGUGUGUAUGUGUGUUCCCUGCAGUACUAUCCUAGAGGAGGAGAAGGCCCAGCAGGAGGAGAGACUAAGGAUGGAGAUGAGACGUCAGGUCACUGUGUCCUGGGACUCAGGGGGCUCCGACGAAGCCCCCCCUAAAGUAAGAACCCUCUCUAAACCUAAUCCCCCCAUAGUAAGAAACCUCCACAACCCUAACCCCAGCUAAAGUAAGUACCCUCCUGACCCUAACCCUACCCCCCUAAAGUAAGAGCCCUCCCUAACCCUAACCCCCCCUAAAGUAAGAACCCUCCCUAACCCUAACCCCCCCAAAGUAAGAACCCUCCCUAACCCUAACCCCCCCUAAAGUAAGAACACUCCCUAACCCCAACCCCCCCUAACGUAAGAGCCCUCCCUACCCCCCCUAAAGUAAGAACCCUCCCUAACCCUAACCCCCCCUAAAGUAAGAACCCUCCCUAACCCUAACCCCCCCAAAGUAAGAACCAUCCCUAACCCUAACCCCCCCCUAAAGUAAGAACCCUCCCUAACCCCAACCCCCCCUAACGUAAGAGCCCUCCCUACCCCCCCCUAAAGUAAGAACCCUCCCUAACUCUAACUCCCCCUAAAGUAAGAACCCUCCCUAACCCUAACUCCCCCUAAAGUAAGAACCCUCCCUAACCCUAACCCCCCCUAAAGUAAGAACCCUCCCUAACCCUAACCCCCCCCCUAAAGUAAGAACCCUCCCUAACCCUAACUCCCUCCCCCUAAAGUAAGAGCCCUCCCUAACCCCCCCUAAAGUAAGAGCCCUCCCUAACCUCCCCUAAAGUAAGAACCCUCCCUAACCCUAACCCCCCCCCCCCCCAAAGUAAGAACCCUCCCUAACCCUACCCCCCCCCCCCCUAAAGUAAGAGCCCUCCCUAAACCCCCUAAAGUAAGAACCCUCCCUAACCCUAACCCCCCCCUAAAGUAAGAGCCCUCCCUAACCCCCCCUAAAGUAAGAACCCUCCCUAACCCCCACUAAAGUAAGAACCCUCCCUAACCCCCACCUAAAGUAAGAGCCCUCCCUAACCCCCCACCCCUAAAGUAAGAUCCCUCCCUAACCCUAACCCCCCCCACCUAAAAUUAGAACCCUCCCUAACCCUACCCCUGCCCUAGGGGUAUAAUAUGACAUUUCUGAGAUGUUUACCUUAGAUAUCUUUAGGCACAGAUAGACUAAAUUACUAAUUUUAGGAACUAGUGCUCCCUGUCCGAUAGAUGGUGAUCACACACUGCAGGAGGUCUAAAUAUCCAAUGUGUUCUUCAGGCUACUUACAGUAUGAUCUCUCUCCCCCUCCCUGUGCAGCCUAGCAGACCUGGUUACCCCAGCCCUCGGUCUAGUGAAGGAUUCUACCCCAGCCCUCAGCAUGCUGGGCAGCUCAACCAUUACCAGGUACUGUACUAUACUACUGUACUGUUCUACUGUACUAUACUUCUAUACUACUGUACUAUACUACUGUACUAUACUAACACUUUUACCACAGCUACUGUGUAUUACCUAUAGAAUUAGAAAUGGGGACGCCUAGUUUCCAAGUCUGUUCUAUUUCUAUGGUAUUACCAUUAUAUCAUUUGUAUUGAUAAUCAGGUACUGGCAAUACUGGUUUAGUAAAUGUGGUUUGUUUCUUACUUGCUAGUGGAUUGAUGCGUGAAGGCAGAGAAAGUGCUCAACUCUAUGCUUUUGGGUAAAACUGUGAAAGGGUGCUUGAAGCCAAAAGUGAAUUGAUGGAGAGGUGCCCGGCUUCCCCCUUUCUGAAUGCAGUGAGAACGAGAAAUAAUAUCUUCCCAAACUAAGUUAUUUUGCAGCACUUCAGCUGCCCAUAAAACAUAGCUGACAGCAGGCAUUUCCUGUAGCGCUUAAGUCAACUGCUGGCAUUGUUGACUUAAGGCAGAUUCCAUCUGCUGAAAAAUCCACUCUCAAAUUCUGUUGUUAUCGCUUCGGGGUCUUUAAAAGGCAUUUUGAGUAUCAGUAUGCAUAUUUAAAGUUUCUAUUUUAUGAUCAGGUCAGUUAUUAUUAAGAUGCUUAUCAGCCAGUGCUAAUGGUGACAUGUCACAUUCAGGCUCAUACUUUUAGUCCCAGAGGUCUUUGUGUCUGGGGGUCAAUAAUUAGUUAUUGCAUUAUACUGCAAGCGAAGUGUUUCCCUGUACCCUGAAAUGCUAACUGGGGCCCAAUGCUAUAUGAUGAACAGCCUUGCCUCACAGACAAGGCUUUGGUAUCAUCAUAAUCCUCUCUCCAAACAAAAUGGGCUUUUCACCUGUCGUCUGUCCUACCAUAUCCAGGUUGGGUACCCUGGCCCCCACGGCAUGCCUACUAUGCCCAGUGGAGGUUACCCUUCCCAGGCCGGUGUCCUGGACCCCCAUGAGCCCUGGAACCACCACCGGCCAGGGGACGUCCCCAUGUGGUCCCCCAACAUGGAGGUGAGAGAUAGAGCUCCACCCAAAUAUAUAUGUAGACUCUUUUUACUAUGUGCUUCUGCCAAUUGUAUACAGGGGGAAUUUCUGAAUUUCAUCAGCUAUUGUCUGAGCUUGGUACAUCUGUAGCAAUCGCAGACAUGGCUAAAUACUAAUGCAAUAUCUCCCUCCCUUUCUCAGGAUGGAGGUGCGUUGGACAUGCGUGGUCUGGGCCAGGCGCUGCCCCCCCACCUGAUGGAGGAGAGGCUGAUGAUACAGCAGCAGCAGAUGGAGGAGGACCAGCGCUGGUUGGAGCAGGAGGAGUGCUUCCUGGUAACGGACCAUUAUUCACCAACUACUUUCUCACACACACCAUCCUGAGAGGGGGAGAAGGAGAGAGAGAACGAGAGCAAGAGGGAGAGUAGGAGAGGUAGAGAGAGAGAGGGGGAGGGAGGGAGGGAGGGAGAGAGUAGGAGAGGUACAGUGCCUUGCAAAAGUAUUCAUACCCCUCUGCGUUUUUUCCUAUUUUGUUGCAUUACAACCUGUAAUUUAAAUAGAUUUUUAUUUGGAUUUCAUGUAAUGGACAUACACAAAAUAGUCCAAAUUGGUAAAGUGAAAUGAAAAAAAUUACUUGUUUCAAAAAAUUCUAAAAAGUAAAUAACGGAAAAGUGGUGCGUGCAUAUGUAUUCACCCACUUUGCUAUGAGGCCCCUAAAUAAGACCUGGUGCAACCAAUUACCUUCAGAAGCCACAUAAUUAGUUAAAUAAAGUCCACCUGUGUGCAAACUAAGUGUCACAUGAUCUCAGUAUAUAUAUACCCCUUCUGAAAGGCCCCAGAGUCUGCAACACCACUAAGUAAGGGGCACCACCAAGCAAGCGGCACCAUGAAGACCAAGGAGCUAUCCAAACAGGUCAGGGACAAAGUUGUGGAGAAGUACAGAUCAGGGUUGGGUUAUAAAAAAAUAUCAGAAACUUUGAACAUCCCACGGAGCACCAUUAAAUCCAUUAUUAAAAAAUGGAAAGAAUAUGUCACCACAACAAACCUGCCAAGAGAGGGCCGCCCACCAAAACUCACGGACCAGGCAAGGAGGGCAUUAAUCAGACAGGCAACAAAGAGACUAAAGAUAACCCUGAAGGAGCUGCAAAGCUCCACAGCGGAGAUUGGAGUAUCUGUCCAUAGUACCACUUUAAGCCAUACAAUCCACAGAGCUGGGCUUUACGGAAGAGUGGCCAGAAAAAGACAUUGCUUAAAGAAAAAAAUAAGCAAACACGUUUGGUGUUCGCCAAAAGGCAUGUGGGAGACUCCCCAAACAUAUGGAAGAAGGUACUCUGGUCAGAUGAGACUAAAAUUGAGCUUUUUGGCCAUCAAGGAAAACGCUAUGUCUGGCGCAAACCCAACACCUCUCAUCACCCCGAGAACACCAUCCCCACAGUGAAGCAUGGUGGUGGCAGCAUCAUGCUGUGGGGAUGUUUUUCAUGGGCUGGGACUGGGAAACUGUUCAGAAUUGAAGGAAUGAUGGAUGGCGCUAAAUACAGGGAAAUUCUGGAGGGAAACCUGUUUCAGUCUUCCAGAGAUUUGAGACUGGGACGGAGAUUCACCUUCCAGCAGGACAAUGACCCAAGGCAUACUGCUAAAGCAACACUUGAGUGGUUUAAGGGGAAACAUUUAAAUGUCUUGGAAUGGCCUAGUCAAAGUCAGACCUCAAUCCAAUUGAGAAUCUGUGGUAUUACUUAAAGAUUGCUGUACACCAGCGGAACCCAUCCAACUUGAAGGAGCUGGAGCAGUUUUGCCAUGAAGAAUGGUCAAAAAUCCCAGUGGCUAGAUGUGCCAAGCUUAUAGAGACAUACCCCAAGAGACUUGCAGCUGUAAUUGCUGCAAAAGGUGGCUCUAUUGUAUUGACUUUGGGGGGGUGAAUAGUUAUGCACGCUCAAGUUUUCUGUUUUUUUGUCUUAUUUCUUGUUUGUUUCACAAGAAAAAAUAUUUUGCAUCUUCAAAGUGGUAGGCAUGUUGUGUAAAUCAAAUGAUAAAAACCCUCAAAAAAUCUAUUUUAAUUCCAGGUUGUAAGGCAACAAAAUAGGAAAAAUGCCAAGGGGGGUGAAUACUUUCGCAAGCCACUGUAGAGAGGGAGGGAGGGAGGUAGAGAGGUAGAGAGGGAGGGAGGGUAGAGUAGGGAGGGAGGGAGGUAGGAGAGGGAGGGAGGGUAGAGAGAGGGAGGGAGGUAGAGAGAGGGAGGGAGGGUAGGUAGAGAGAGGGAGAGGUAGGAGGGAGGGAGAGGAGAGAGCGAGAGGGAGGAGGUAGAGAGGGAGGGAGGGAGGGUAGAGAGGGAGGGAGGUAGAGGUAGAGAGGAGAGAGGUAGAGGGAGAGAGGUGUAGAGAGAGAGAGGUAGAGAAGUAGAGAGGUAGAGAGAGUAGAGAGAGAGGUAGCGAGAGUAGAGGUAGGAGGAGGGGAGGGAGGGAGGUAGAGAGAGAGGGAAGGAGGGAGGGAGGUAGAGAGAGGGGAGGGAGGGAGGUUGAGAGAGAGGGGGAGGGAGGUAGGUAGUAGAGAGGAGGGGUUAAGUAAGAGGGUAGAGAAGUAGAGAGAGGAGAGGGUAGAGAGGUAGAGAGAGAGGUAGAGAGGGAGGGAGGGAGGUGGAGAGAGAGAGAGAGAGGGAGGUAGAGAGAGAGGGAGGGAGGGAGGUAGAGAGGGAGGGAGGGAGUAGUAGAGAGGAGGGAGGGAGGUAGAGAGAGAGGGAGGGAGGGAGGGAGAGAGAGGAGAGGGAGGGAGGUAGAGAGAGAGGGAGGUAGAGAGAGAGGGAGGGAGGUAGAGAGAGAGGGAGGGAGGUAGAGAGAGAGGGAGGGAGGUAGAGAGAGAGGGGGGGAGGUAGAGAGAGAGGGAGGGAGGUAGAGAGAGAGGGAGGGAGGUAGAGAGAGAGGGAGGGAGGUAGAGAGAGAGGGAGAGAGGUAGAGAGAGAGCGGUAGAGAGGGCGAGGGAGGGAGAAAGAGAGAGAGAAUGAGAGAGGGAGAGCAAGAAGGAGAAAGAGAGCGCGAGAGAGGGAGGGAGGGAGAGAGAGACUUGACGCUGGUUGGAGCAGGAAGAUAGCUUCCUGGUAACAGACCCUUAUUCACCCAGUACCUUCUUCCACCCUGCACUGGCUCUCUGUCUCGAUCAUGCUAAGAAACCAGCUAAUAUACUCUUAACCACACCUUUGUUUAUUUGGUAGAGGUUUUACAUUAGGAACAACACCUUUCAUCCACUAAACCACACUAACUCCUUAACAGCAAGCAUAUGCUCUCUACAUCAUUCUACCACCAUUGUCCAUCACUUGAUCCUUGUGACCAGGAAACAUACUCUCUCUACCUAAGAUGUAAUGUCAAUACUAAAUGACUGUAAAGUAAUUGCUAUAGCUAUCUAUUCAACUGUUAUCCAGUCAGUCUGCCCCAAAAGCAUCAUAUCUGUAUUCAGUCUGCCACUGACUGUUUAGUGGAGUAAACUUCUGGAUUUGAUUACAUUGUCAUGCUGGCUGGUGUUUUCUCGACCAUUUCAUCCUUCAGCCCCUCAUCCCCCUUCUGGGUCGGUUUAUUUACUUUUCUACGAUCUGAGGAGAUUCAGAUCAUUGUUGUUUUUAUUCAGUGAAUUAAGGCGGGAAGACAGACCUGUGACCACAGACUCACCUCCUGAGGGAAAUGCAUGGAUCAGCCAGCAGCAUUCUAGAACUCUCUCUCUCUCUCUCUCUCUCUCUCUCUCUCUCUCUCUCUCUCACUCCCCUACUCUCUCUCUCUCCUCUCUCUCUCACUCCCCCUCUCUCUCUCUCUCUCUCUCUCUCACUCCCCCACUCUCUCUCUCUCCUCUCUCUCUCACUCUUUGUGUGUGGGUAGAGCUAGACUGACUAGAGGAACUAUGUGAUGGUUAAAGAUGACAGCAGUGCUGCCCUUCCUGCUCUUUACUUUAUUUCUUAUCUUUUUACUCUUCAAUCAUAUGAUUAAUGUCCACAAUAGGCCAUCUACAUUGUUUGAGCAAUACAUUUAAAAAGCCAGUCGUAUAAAUAAUAUGUUGAUAAAGGAUCACAUUUGUGGACCUUGGAAAUGUUUGUGUUGUUGUCACGUCUAACAAGACAAUUGCACAGGACUUAAAAUAGUUUUAAAGGGUGAGUUUAAAGGGAUCUUUAACAGUAAUGGUAUUUGAGCAGCCAGCCACUGUGUUGACAGACAGUCCCUCCACACCCUUUGACAAUCCCUCUCCCUCUCAGAAGGCUUUCCUUUGGAAAUUCUGGCGGACUGCGUCUGUUUCUCCACAGCCCCGGCCAGCCAGAAUAAGAGCUUUCAUUAAUGCUGCCGGUUUAAUUUGGCCGCCAGAUAUUGUGGAAGAUGAGUGGAAAACUCAGCCUGUGGUGGGUUCAUGCUGUUUCUCAGUCAUAAAGAUCCUUUUGGCAGAUCUGGCAGACGAACGGACGGCACUGACAGUCUUCCUUAGUAUUUCCUUGGUGAAAGUUAAAUGGCUACACUGUCUAUCUGUAUGGAUGUGAUUUGUGUGAAAUAUUUGGUUGUGAUAACAGGUUCAUAUGAUGCCUUUUCUAUGUGUUCCUGUAAACAAAUAAGGAUUGAGAACUGAGAGAAAGAAAAUGAUAGAAAAAGAAAGUGGUGAGUGAGGGAUAGGGAAGGAGGAAGUGGAGUUGGCUAGAGAGAGUUGGAGGGAGGGGGGAGAGAGAAAAGGGGGUGGAGGGAGGGGGGAGAGAGAAAAGGGGGUGGGGGGAGGGGGGUGAGAGAAAAGGGGGUGGAGGGAGGGGGGAGGGAGGGAGGGAGAGAGAGGGGGGAGGGAGGGGGGGGAGAGAGAGGGGGGGGGGAGGGGGGAGAGGGGGAGGGGGGAGGGGGAGGGAGGGGGAGAGGGGGAGAGGGAGGGGAGGGAGGGGGGAGAGAGGGAGAGAGGGGAGGGAGGGGGGAGGGGAGAGAGCGAGGCAAGGGAGGGAGAGAGGGAGGGGAGAGAGCGAGGCAAGGGAGGGAGAGAGGGAGGGGAGAGAGCGAGGCAAGGGAGGGAGGGGGAGAGAGAGAUGGAUCGAGAGAGAGAGAGGAGUCAGUGUGAGCCACAGGGCAAAAUGAGUCUGCUGUGGGGAAAGGGGGAGAGAGGGAGGGGGGAGAGAGAGAGUGAGGGACGGGAGGGAGAGAGAGAGGAGUCAGUGUGAGCCACAGAGCAAGAGGAGUCUGCUGUGGGAUCAGUCUCUGCAUGAACCCGUCAGGCACGUUUAAGCCUUCCUCCUCCAGCAGCAACAACAGAAAACUCUGGUUGUUUCUUGUCUCACUCUGCCGAUGGGACCACCGCUCUCCACACAGCCACACUUCCACAGGCUCAGAGGAUGCACCUUUUCAAGUCCUGCUUUGGAAAACCGGUACAGAUCAUGGCUGGGAAGGGGUGGUGGUCAUCUUGGUGGCUUUCUGUGUGGAUCUUUUUUUACUAGUGGUACUUGACUGCCUAGAAGGUUGUUUAGACAAGAUGCUGCUGAAACUCUUGAGGAUUUCUUCUAUGCAAAUAGUUCUGUCACUGGACUACAGUGUCUGUGUUUCUGGGUAUCUGUGUGGUUUGUCAGGGUUGCAUAAAUCUUGUUUAGCUUGAAACUGGAUGGAUGAUUGGUUGAUUUGGUACUGUUCGUUGGUAGCAGGCUCCGAUCUUUGAGGUAGUCAAAGAAGAAUGAGGGUAAGCACAGCAGGAUAACAGAGCAGAUUUAGUUUCGUAUGGAAUUGUGAGUUCUAUUCUCUCAUGGAACAAAACACGAAAGAGAAUUCAACAGUAAUUUCAUCUUGUUAUUUUGUAAGAAACAGAAACUCUAUAUUAUUCUAUUUCAAGACUACUGUAACGAUGGUUUCACUGAUAAAUAUAGUUGUUUAAAUCUUUGAGGUUGUGGUUAUAAAAGGGGGUCAGCUGUGGCUAGCUAGUUCUCUGACCCUCUGUUCUGUGUUCUCGUCAGAAGCCAGAAUCCAGGAACUCGCGGGGCAGCAUUGACCGGGAGGACUGCAGUCUCCAAGGGCCGGUGAGUUUCCCAUGGCCCACCGCUUGUUUGGGUUCAUACCCCCAGAGGGAUGGAGCAGGACGCACACUGUCACACACACACACUCUCACACACACAAGCAGGAAAUAUUGUUUUUCAAUAAACCAAUUAAUUUAUUAUGUUUUUCCAUUUCAAUCAUAAUACAAAAUACAGUUUGUCUGAGUUUCAUAGCGUAGACCUCAGUAGUGCACUGCAUGUCGUGGCUAGCUAGACACAGUGCUUUAUCUGAACCACCCCAGUCCCCCUACGCUGAAGUGUAUAGGGUCUAGGGAGGUUGGGAACUAUACUGUGGCUACAGCCAGGCGUUUCUCGUGACAUCCUCACUCUCUCUCUGCUGGAUAAUCUUUAAAAACAGGCGUCAGCUGUAGAGCCCCCACAAACCAACCAAACCCAUUUACACAGUAAUUACAGAACUCUACUGGGCUGAGUGGGUCUCUUCUCUAAGAAGAGGAAGCAUCGGAAUGCGAGGGGGAGAAGAAAACACCAGAGUGUGUUAAAAUAAAGAGAGAAGAAGAGGGUUUUGGGGAGGAGCUGGAGAAAUGUAGCUGGGUGAAACAUGGAUGUAUUUGGCUGCGUGCCUCAGAAGGUCUGAGAUAUGUAAUGCUGCUACCCACAGAGUGCCCACAAUAACACACACAAACACACAGACUGGGCCAUGGGAAGCCCUAAUCCUGAGUGCUGUUGGAAAAGCACGUUCAGCCAGCCAGAAAAGUGACAAUGUGCCUUUCUAAUCACUGGUUUGUGUUUCUAUUUUCCCCUCAGACAGGAAACCAACACAUAUACCAACCAGUGGGACUGGGGAAACCAGGUAAGACCAUCAUCAGCACAAUCUGUCACAUGUGAACUAUCUAUCUGCUGUGUGUUCUGAUACUCACAAAGUGACAGUCCUCUGUCUCACACUCUUUCUCUCUCACACACACACACUCUCUCUCGCUCUCCACUCACUCUCACACACACAAACAUUAACUAUCUUCCCUCUCUCUCUCUCCUCUCAGAGCAUGUGGCCCCUCCUAAGAAGCCUCCUCGUCCUGGAGCCCCCAGCCACCUGGGCAGUCUGGCCAGCCUCAACCCUGUAGAUAGCUACAACGACGGGGUCAAGGUACAGCAACACAUCACCAAGACAACACUGUCUUAAUGUCUUACACCAGGGUCACCGUUACAGCAACACAUCACCAAGACAACACUGUCUUAAUGUCUUACACCAGGGUCACCGUUACAGCAACACAUCACCAAGACAACACUGUCUUAAUGUCUUACACCAGGGUCACCGUUACAGCAACACAUCACCAAAACAACACUGUCUUAAUAUCUUACACCAGGGUCACCGUUACAGCAACACAUCACCAAGACAACACUGUCUUAAUGUCUUACACCAGGGUCACCGUUACAGCAACACAUCACCAAAACAACACUGUCUUAAUAUCUUACACCAGGGUCACCGUUACAGCAACACAUCACCAAAACAACACUGUCUUAAUGUCUUACACCAGGGUCACCGUUACAGCAACACAUCACCAAGACAACACUGUCUUAAUGUCUUACACCAGGGUCACCGUUACAGCAACACAUCACCAAAACAACACUGUCUUAAUAUCUUACACCAGGGUCACCGUUACAGCAACACAUCACCAAGACAACACUGUCUUAAUGUCUUACACCAGGGUCAGCAUUACACAAACCAUAGCUUGGUUUAGCCUGGUCCUAGAUUUGUUUGUGCUAUCUUGCCAACUCCCAUAGGAGGCCGUCUAGGAGUUGGCAAGACGGCACAAAUAGAUCUGGGACCAGGCUACAUGACUCAUACCUAGGAGUUGCAGGGCCUAUAGUUUCUCCUGGUUAGGUCACAUGGUCAGGGAAAAACUCUGAGCCUGAACCACCACCAUGACGUUGUAUGAGAAAGAGACCAUUACUUCAAUAUUGAGACAAUGCAUGUGCUUUUUACUGCUAUGAGUUGCUGCAGCUGUUUCAAGCAUGCUUUCUAUUUCUCACCUGGCCAUCACAAGUUCCUUUUAUAAGUUCUUACAUAAAAUAUGUCCUCCCAGUUCAUUCAGGAGCUGUGAGAACUUGAACCUAUAGCCAGAUUCAGAGCAGAUGGGGAUCUGGACGGAAAAGCUCUGAAAACAUGUCAGUAUUUCCCCUGGUUCACCAGGAGCCCAGGCGGGUAAAGUUGCUCCUAGUCAACAGAACAGAAUGGGGCUCCUAGAUCAGCUCAGCUCUGAAGCCCUCUCUCUCACUCGCUCUCCCUCUCGCUCGCUCUCUCUUUCGCUCUACCUCCCUCUCUCUCUCUUGCUCCCUCUCUCUCGCUCUCUCGCUCUCUCACUCCCUCCCAGGUCUCAGACAGUACAGAGCAAGGCUAGCCCAACCCAAAGCCCAUCUCUCUGACAGAGAUAGUACUUAGAGACAUGGACAGAUGUAGAAAUACACACUAAAGACACGUGGAUACACACACUUACACAAGACACACAUGCAUACACUUAUCUGCACUUAGAACACACUAGCAUAUACGCUUACAUGUACAGUGCAUUCGGAAAGUAUUCAGACCCCUUGACUUUUCCCACAUUUGGUUACGUUAAAGCCUUAUUAAGUCAAGGGGUCUGAAUACUUUCUGAAUGCACUAUACAUACCCAGCAUCAUGCUUGUCCAUGAGAAUCUAAAAUAUACAAUGACUGUCCCAAAAAAUGGGGGGGGGGGGUUAGAUGAAAAUCAUCCCACCCUGACCCCACCAUCCACCCCUACACCGCCAGGGUCACAACCUUUCUGCCACACAGCCCCACCCAGACAGACGCUGCCAAGCUGGCCCAGAAAAAGCCCCACGGUAAACCACACUUUCUGGGCUUUUAUUUUGGAUCCUAGUUAUGCAACAACCGUCCAUUUCGAGAGAAGCCAGUGAAAUGAAGACUGUUGGAACAGAGUGCUUUUUCUCUCUCAUAACUUUCCAGGCAGACAGUUUGAAAGGAGACCCUUAGCGAGGCCUCUCUUCUUCUAGCUCUGAAAAUAAAACCUAAUUAAAACACAGAGGCUUGUAAUACAGUGGAGUAUAGAGAAGCCCAAGGAAAACACAGUCCUUCCUAACAAGACAGAAUCCGGUGAAAUCCAAAGCUCCCUUCUCACUGUCUUUUAAUCAUGAUCCUGGAUCAAAUGCUAGAUCAAAGGUUUUAGACUCACUACUCAGUUCGCCCAGCGAAAGCUAACGUUAUGAUGAACAAUACAAUACAGCAACUCCGAAUACCAUAGAGUUCAGGCAUUUGGAUAUUUUUCUCAGUGCAACAUCCAACUAGCACUCAGAACUUUAUCACUCGAAACAGGAGAUACUAUCUGAACUUUUCAAUUGCUAAGUGUUUUAAAACGGUGUGCCCUAAUGAACACGACCCUAUCUGCUUGUAUUGUGUUGAUGCAUUGCAUGCGUUGCCUUUUGCCUUCUGUUCUGCAGUGUUAAUCCUUUCUCUCUCUUCUGUUUUCCCUGCAUCCCCCUCUCCCUCCCGCUCGCCCUCCCUUGUUUUGCCUCUGCACCAACCUACUGUUGUUGCCCUUUAGCCCUGGAGGGUAAGAGCUCUGUGUUUGUCAGUUACUGUCUGACCACUAGGGAGCGCUCUAAUAACACAUUCUCUACCACUGUACAGGAGUCAUCAAACCUUCUUAGCCGAGUGGAUAGUGGCAUUGGCCUUAAGAUCAGUUUACUCUCCCUGAAUCCUAACCGUAACCAUUAGAGGGGGCAACACAAACUGGUCUUAGAUCAGUGUCUAGAGGCGACUACUCCGGAUGAGGCCACUUCAUCCAGGCUCAUGUUCUAAAACCAGUGAGGCUUAAACCCAUAAACAAAGCAAAUCAUCCUAGUAUUCAGUGGCAGUCAUUUCAGUAAUGACCAAAUUACUGUAUUGGCUCUUUUGUCAGUCAUAGUACUAAUGUCAAAUCAAUUAGUGGGAGUAAUAAUAAAUAUAUGUAGGCCUCCAUUGAUGACUCUCUUCCCUGUGGUAUGGUGUGAUGCAUGUUGGGCUGUGUAGUCAUAGUUACCAUCACUAACUGUAGUUUAGUAGAUUAUAGUACACCACAAUCUGCCUCCUCUCUGGACCGUGGCAUGCGUGUGUGUGUUUGUCUACUUGUCUGUUUUGGGUUGUCCAAUUCAUCACACGUCAUUCACAACCAUGUUCAGAGAUUGAAUGCUCUCAUAUUGUGAAUCGAGCUACAGGAAUUCUGGCAAAUACUGUCAUCUAGUGUUCACUUUGUAAACUACAUGAUUAAUCUAUAAAUUGCUGGCGGCUAGUGGUUACAGAAACAAAACCAUUUUAGCUUUACGCCACCUCGUGGUUCCAGUGAAUAGGAUAGAUGGGACACUUCUGGUUGUGCACUCAUCAAAAAUCAAGUCAGACAAAAUUACCUAGCUUAUUUUCUCUAGAACACCGACACUCAAUUGGGUCCCAUUAGAUCAGCAUAAUCACACAUUUUAUCAUCAUAGAUUCACCGUAGAAUCACUCAAAUUAUUUGAAGGAGAUAGAUUCACUUCCCUCACUAUGUUGUAUGUGGACCAACUCAUCCUCAUCUAUGUGGUGUGUAGAUCCAGCCUCAGGAGAUCAGCCCUCCCCCCACGGCCAACUUGGACCGCUCCAACGACAAGGUGUAUGAGAAUGUGACGGGUCUGGUCAAGGCUGUUAUAGAGAUGUCCAGUAAGAUCCAGCCAGCCCCUCCAGAGGAGUACGUCCCUAUGGUCAAGGUAAGGCUAUAAUAAUAAUAUAUGCCAUUUAGCAGACUCGUUCAUCCAAAGUGACUUAGUCAUUCGUGGAUACAUUUGUUACAUAAUGGUGGUCCCGGGAAUCAAACCCACUGUCCUGCUUUUGCAAGCGCCAUGCCCUACAAACUGAGCUAGAGAGGACAUGAAUGAACGAUGAAGGACAAAGUUUAUUGUUGAAUCAUCGUCAUCGUGAUUAUUAAUGUUGUAUGUUGGUGAUCAUUCCUCAAGAGGAUAUUAUUUCACCUGUCGAGGGACACUGAUUUCUAAGCCAUUGCAUCUUUAUUUUAUAUUAGUGAUAUCCUGGUUCUUUUUUUACCACAGGAGGUGGGACUAGCUUUGAGAACCCUAUUGGCCACAGUGGACGAGACCAUACCAGUGUUACCAGCAAGCACACACAGAGAGGUGAUAACUCUUCAUUACAAAUCAAGAUAUUGCCUCUGACUGUUGUCCUAUUUAUUGUGUCUGAGGACAAAAUAAGUUAUGUCUUGCCUCAAAAAACAUCUAACACUGAAAGCCAGUUGUCUAUUGUGUUUUCUUUAACUCCUGUCUUUCUCUUCAUCUGCAGAUUGAGAUGGCCCAGAAGCUCUUGAACUCUGACCUGGCCGAGCUGAUCAACAAGAUGAAGCUGGCCCAGCAGUACGUCCUCACCAGCCUGCAGCAGGACUACAAGAAACAGAUGCUGACGGCCGCACAUGCCCUGGCAGUGGAUGCCAAGAACCUGCUAGACGUCAUCGACCAGGCCCGGCUCAAGAUGAUCCAUGCCCAGUCCCGGGGAUCACACUAGCCCCCUCCGGCUCCUAGCUCCCUGGGCAUGGAAGACCUCCGAGGGGAGGGAGAGGGAUAUAACAGAGUGGAAGGGAGUCUGGUGCUGUGGAAAUAGGGCUGGUUGGUUUCAGCUCCCAUAGCAAUCAUAGACCGCACAAUGUCACAAGUCAAGACUGCUCAGUUCACACCUCGAUCAGAGCUCCUGAUACUGCAGGACAGAGACAGUGGUCACUCGACCUGAUCGCACCCUUCCAUCCCCUUCCUAAAAACUUUUUAUAGACUUCUGUUUUGUCUGUCGCUGCACUCCAGGAUCCUUGGAUGUUUUGAGAUCAGUUACAUACAAACUCUUGUUUUAUUAGAUUUGGCUGCGUCUCGUUUGUGCUAAUGUUUUUUUUAUCCAGAGAUGAAUUUCAGCUUACGUCAGACGUCUUCUUCUUCCAGGUGGCUAAUAAUUAUCACAGAUGUGGAAAUAUAAUAAAAAUCUAACUGGAACAUCUGAACCAUUGAAGAACUACAAGCUAUCUAUAUAUGGCAAUGGUUAUCAUUGUGUUUCUGAGAUCAAUGGUUGGGAUGUCUGUGUUAAACACUUACCUUCCCUGUCCUACAGUAUCACAGCAUAUAAUGCUCUUCCCAACACUCUCGACUAGAAUGAUAUAUUUUGGCAUCCUCUUACAUAGACUCAGGCACCUCUGGACAGUGAAUAAUAAAAUAUAAAAAAAAUAUUUCUUUAUCAAACAUGUCACAUGCCACUUUAAGUUAACAGUAAAUAUACAAAUCAAUAUAUUUUUCUGCAUUUCUGGGAUUGAAAUGUUACGAGGGGCUUAUUUUUUGUCAUAAGGGGGAGGCGCAUUUAAAUUCCAGUGAAGAUGAACUAUCAUGUGCCAAAUGAUUUGAAUCAUCCAAUAGUUUGGCAGUUCUAUGGUAAAAAACACUGUCCCAUUGCUAGCCAUUCCCUUAUCACUGAAACAGUUUUUGUAUAUUUAAACCAGGUGCUCUAUUCAAUCUGUAUCAAUAAAGCGUUAAGAUUGCAGAAUAGUAAAGGUAUUUUCAGAUUGAGCUGACAUAUGCAGUGUUUACUAUGAAUGCAGCCUGUGCUAACAUUGACUUUAAAUUUCAAUUUAACGUCAUUUAGCAGACACUUACCCAGAGCGACUUGCCAGCUGCCGCCCCAGUAACGCUGAACUUCCGCAAUACGGAUUGAAUAGAGCCCCAAGUUAAACCUUUCUGCUUCUUUACCUGGGUCGUAUUCAAUAGGGCACACGUAGCAAAACAUUCUGCAACGGAAAACAAGCUUAUUCGACAACUUCAGGUAGUCCCGUUCGUCAAGUCUUUCAUUUGACCCAGCUUUACAGAUUCUGCCUCUCCAGACUGUUAGGCUUUAAUGUCCCUACCAUGUGUACAAUCUCAUCAAACCGCUCGUUUUGGGUAUAACUUAUUCUCAGGAAGAAUAACCUGUACAGUUCCUUAAACUAAUAAAAUGUAUCGUUCUGUCUUCAGAAGUGUUUGUUUUCCUUGUGUGCUGUAAAAUAAAAUGGGUGAUAUCGUGCCAUACUUUCAGACAGGUGUAGAUGACUUCAGGGCAAACCAUUCCUCACAGGGGAUUCAGUUUGGUACAAUAAGUGCAUCAUGGGAUUAAAGGUGCUCAAAGGAAACUACAAAUAUUGCCAGUUCAGUUUCUUUGAUUU